CAGGGAAGAUCUCAUGUCGGCACUAAAAAGAUUUUAAAACCUAAUGACUGUUCGUUGGUCUUUUUAACCAUUAUCUGUGCAAAAUAACCACCUGCUGGCUAUUAAGUGGGUGUUUAUUUUUUACAAAAUCAUUUUUCUUUAGUUGUUCCUUAUUACCUUUUUUGCAUAUAAUAAAUAAUAAAAACUUUAAAUGUAUGUCAACAAUUAAUUUUCACGUUUAGGGAUUAUACAAUCGUACUGAAAAGCUUCCAAAAUAUGGCCUCUUGUAAAUGCUCAUUUAACUUAAAUCAUAGUUUUAAUCCUUAUUAGACACAUCACUGGUUUGUGAGAGCAACUAAAUUGAUUCUAUAUAUAGCAUCCUAGCUGCCCAUAAAUGGGAGGGAAGGGGGCAGUAGCCUUCCCUUAGACUUAGACAUUAUUUUUGUUUUCCUCAGCCUAGGGCUUGGUAAGCUGGGUAAGACUGUCCUUCCUCUCUGCAUUGCCAUUUUGACAUCUCUCUAGGUAAGUCUGUGCUCAUUUUUAAAAAAAUUAUAUGCAUUAUUCAGAUUUGGAGAAAAUAUAUUUCCUCCCCCACCUCUGUGAAAGUGAUGACUUUAAGAAAUGGAGAAAAAUUGGGCUAUUUUUUUAAAAGAAACAUUCUUUUCAACCUCAUUUUGCACCCUCUAAGGCCACAAUCCUGCACACAGGUUGCUUAAACUUCAUUGAAGCCAAUAAGUCUUAAGCAGCCACGAACUGCAGCCUUAGAGUCCAACCCCUGAAUAGGGGUUUAACAUGCACAUCAGUGAAAGGAAUACUGGACUCUUGGUCUUGAAUAGAAUAGAUACUUCCUUUGAGCUAAACACAUGCAACUGUAUUCAUAUUUAUUUAUUUCUGUGUUAAUGAUUUAUUCAUAUUUAUUUCCUUCAAUUUGAAGACAUUAGAUGCUGGGCAAAAGAUGUAGCACGUAUUUGUCUAGGAAUAACAAACUGAACAAAAAAAGAAAGGGAAAAGAUGUUGGCAGAAAACAUCCAUUAAAUUAGAGUUUACCAUAUAUUUCAAAUCCUACUUCUUAAAAGAUGGAAUUCUGGCUGUUGAUUCUGUUGAGUAUUUACUGUUUGCUUUCUCUUUGUGCCUUUUGGCAAGCCCCUCUGCAUGACUGGUGAGAGAGUGAGAGUGGAAGGAAAGGCUUUUGGAAAUCUUUUUUUUUUUCUCUGGAAAUGAUGCCUGCUAGAAAGCAACAGUGGAAUUGGAUGAAGGAGGCGCAUGAGUCAAUGGAGGUGCCGUAGGACGGGAUAAUAGAAGUUGAAAUGUUUGGAACGGACUCCCUUUCGCUAUCUCACUCGUUUCACAUUGUUUACUAUCCAAUGAAAAGGUCAGGGUGUCUUCAAAGUGUGUUUUGGAUCUUCAGGCUUAACAGGGCAUCUGCUACAAGUCCCUUUUCUAUGCAGGGAGUUGGCAGAGCAUUCCUAUAGGGGAGGGAGAAACCAAUUCAGAAAGGCCACCUUUUCCUAUGCCAUGCUGGAAAGGAGGGGGGGAAUGACAACUCCCCCCCCCUUGUGAUUUGGCCUUUUGUUGCUUCUUGCGGUUCCAAAAACCUUUCCUUCCCAUUUCUCCCAAUGGCAUAAUCCCCACCACCACCAUUCCAGGGCAUGUUGUGAGAAAGAAAGGGGCCACGAAUCCACAGCCUCUUCUAUCAUUGUUAGGUCUACUUUUCAGGACAGAAUGAGAUGUACACCUCAGGCAGCAGAUUUUGGGUGUCAUGAAAGGGGCAGUGAAAUGUUUAUUAUUUAGUUUGCCAUUGCAGUUUUACUGCCAGGGAAAGGAAGAUUUGUGUAUGGGGUUUUCAGGUGUCAAAAUAACUUGGGAGGCCUUGGUACUAUAUAUGCUUACUUGGGGUUGGUGAAAGGGAACUGUUUGCUGAUCCACCACGGGCAGCAAAAUGCCCUGGGAAGGCCCUGCACAUCACUGUCCCCUCCGAUGUUAGAGCUUGAUGUUGGAGAAGCACCAGCGGAGGCCUUUUCUGCAGCCACAAGUUGGAAGCUGUCAAAAGCAGAUUUCUCCCUCUCUCUUUGAGGGCAGCCCACUCCUUCCAUCCAUGGAGAAGGAGACCUGAAAAGUCCUCCAUCCCCUGGGACUUUAGAGGGCUGUGACCUAAGUGAUAAAACUUUCAGGUGCCCCCGUAUCAAGUUGCCAUGGAUUUGUGGAACCAAGAUGGCCAUGAUUUGCAGCAGUUUGUCAGCACGCUUGAUUGUAGUUAACUGACUUUUGUGAGCAACCAUAAGAGUAAAAAGUUACAGAAUGUAAAAUACAUAAGAUUGUUAAAAGGGGGUAGAUUGGAAUGUAACAGUAACUAGCUGCAAUUUUUAAAGGUUUUGCUAGGUACUUCAAAAAUCAGAGCCUUCCAAUAAAAUGAUCCUAUGCAUUAUUCAGAUUAGGGUAAGAAUAUAUAUAUAUAUAUGAAGUUCUACAGGUAAGGCAGGGGUGGAUAAAUUUAGGGUCUCCUGUUGUUGCUGGGCUACAAUUUGCCACACAGUCCAUCCUGGCCAGGGACUGAUGAGAGCUGGAGUCCAACAGCAUCUUGGGGAGUGGGCAUAGGUUAUCCACCCCUGAGAUAAUGAAUGUGUUGCUGAACAACUGCUUCCCAACAUAUGUAACUUGUAACCAUUUAUAUACUCUUAACUGAUUUGUUCUAUAUAAGUAUGGCUAGCCAAAAUGGUUGCUGAGUUUUGGAAAAUAUGUGGGUGUGUCAACCCAACUCCUGUGCUCACCAAAAUAAAAAAAAGGCAGAUGGACACACAUGGACUGCGUGUAGGAGGUUUGAUCAGUUUCCAGCAAAUGAUGCACAAGGCUACGCAAGGCAACUCCCUUUGCUUAGCCAAUCCCUGUGGGCAGUGGGAUGCACUGGUGGGACGUAAGCAGAAGGAUGGGGCAAGGAGCCACACCAAAUCCCAGGUGCUGUUGUCAGCUGCCUUCAUGGCUUCCAUGAACUCUGUUUCCACGUUCAGGGCAAAGAGGAGAGGGGACUUUAUCCUUUGAGGCUAUGGUCUUGGGGAGGCAUUUGCUUGUGCGAGAGAAGGGAGGAAAAAGGUCGAGAGAAGAUUUCCUUCUGCUUUGUUUUUCUCCAUUGAGUCUGUAAGUGCAUAAAAUAAAUGAUGUAUGUGUGCACACACUUCUGUCCCAUUUCUGUAACUUGAAUGCACACUGUGUGAAAGCAUCUCUGUGCAGGUGUCUCAUUAAGGUGAGAGAGAAAGGCAAAAAGACGUUUUCCACCUGCCAGCUGCAUCCCCUCACUGUGCAUGUGUAAUUCAUGGCGUGUAUGCCAUGUUUGUAUGUUUCUUUUGGUCCGUGCCUGUGUGCAUUCGCAGGAUGGGUGGAGUAGCUAGUUGCAGAUUCAUCUGGUAAGGCAGAGCUGUAGCAAUAGCUCCCUAGCUGCAGUGUUGUCACUGCUUACCGGGAGGCUGAAGUGGCAGCAAGGGCAGGACUGUGUUCUCUCAGUGCAUCUGAAUAGCUCCAACCUCACUGCCACCUGGCUCCUUCCCCUCCCAACAUGCAACAGCGCUGCAGCCGCCGCCAGGAUGCUAUUGCUGCGGUUUUGCUUAGCUCACCCUGGAUGAUCCAUGGCUUAAUUUCUCCACCCAUUCCCCAGCACUGCCAAUUAUUUCAGUCCUGUAUUAUAAUAUUUCUAGGCCAGUCUUUUAGACAAGAUCCCCACUGAGCUUUGUAUUGGGAGGGUGGGUUCGUAUAUAUUGCUUUUGAGAGCAUUAAAAACAAAAAAAGAGUUUGAAGCCAUCCCAAUGUGUCUGCAUCUUUUGUUUGAGGUAGUCUGUUGCUCUUGGAACACAAUGAAGUAGUAAAUUUAUGAAUUGUAACUUUUGUUAAGUGUUAAAGGGUUUGGUACUUGUACAGGGGAACAUUUUUUUUAGAAUUGAAAAUUCCUGAGCCAUUGGAUUCUGUAUUAAAAUUCUGGACAGAAUCAGGUUCUGAUGAAGCAUUCAUAAACAAAUUCAAGAUUGACUUGGCAUCAAUGCAGAGAUCAGGGAACUGGAGUGUUCUGAUUUUCCCCCAUUUGGUUGGAUGCAUUGAUCCAUUGUAUUUCCAUAAAGGGAUCGUGGACUUGUUCACAUUAUUCAUAAAAUAAUGUGGAGGAACUUGUGGUUCCUCCACAGUUCCUUAGUAUAUUGGAAAAGCUGGGAGAAUGGGUUCAGUGGUACAGAAUUUGCUUUGCAUGUAGAAGCUUCCAGGUUCUAUCCAUGACAUUUCAAGUUAGGGCCAGGACUCAGCGAGAUCCAUGCCUGAAACUCUCCCUAUGUACCUGAAGACAAUUGCAAGACUGGUUACUUACAAUGUCCUUGUCUUGAAGCGUUCUCUGUUUGCUUGGAAUAGAUCUAAACAUUACAGCACCAUGGUCUGCUCUAUCAGUACAUGCUUGGCAUGGUUAUGUGCAGAAAGGAGUGCAGAAAGGAGGUCUUCACUGGGGAUAUUGGUGCAAGCAGCACUGUACACUCGUCAUCGAGCUAUAUUUGCAUCAUGUGUAAGAACACGAGACGUAAGACGAGCCAACUGGAUCAGGCCCAUCUAAUCCAGGAUCCUGUACUCACAGAGACCAACCAGAUGCAAGAAAGACCUGAGUGCAACCACACUCUCUGCUCCUGUGAUUCUCAGCAUGAAGGAAGAACAUAGCCAUCAUGUGUAAUAAUAAUAAUAAUAAUAAUAAUUUAUUAUUUAUACCUCGCCCAUCUGGCUGGGUUUCCCCAGCCACUCUGGGCGGCUUCCAACUGAAUAUUAAAAACAGUACAGCAUCAGACAUUAAAAACCUCCCUAAAGAGGGCUGCCUUCAGUUGUCUUUUAAAUAGUUUUAAAAUAGUUGUUUAUUGCCUUGACAUCUGCUGGGAGGGCGUUCCACAGGGCAGGCGCCACUACCGAGAAGGCCCUCUGUCUGGUUCCCUGUAACCUUACUUCUCGCAAUGAGGGAACCGCCAGAACGCCCUCGGCGCUGGAUCUCAGUGUAGAAGCUUUUAUAUUAUACCCUUUAUACCCUGAGCAAGCAUUUGAUUUAAGAAUAUAAUGAUUAUAUGGAGGGCAGCAGGGAGGCCUGUGUUUUGUUUCCCCCCUUUAAAAUUUAAAGAAAACAUUUAUUACGCAUGAUUUCUAUUCCAUCAGGUUUUCUCCUGUAACAAUGGUAUGGAUUUGAAGUAAAUGUUUAUCUUGUGCCCGUUCUCUCCAGCCUGCCAGUUGGGCUGCAAUCAUGGAAAAGUUCUGCAUUUUACAAACAACUUAAGAAACAUGUCCAUGUCAGCUCUGUAUUUUAACCAAUGCUGAGGAUCAAACUUUUUCUGCGAUUAAAUUUGAUUUGUUUACAUUGUGGCAAUGGAAAUCUCAUGAAGCAUCAUCAGGUCAAAAUGAUGAGGGGGAAAUGACCUCAUGGUAAGUUUCUUUCAUUGGUUGGUGGAAACACGAACAAUUUCAAAGGCACAUACUUCCAUUUAACUUGUUUAGGAAUUGACUUUAGGGGUUCUUAGAAGCGUCCUUAGGAAUCGACAGAAUACAUCUUAGGCUAAAUCAGCAACUAAAAGUCAGAACCUGUGUUGUGGCACCGCACGAGUAAUACUAGAGAGUUGCAUUGAACUGACUGGGUUCAAAGACUUCCAAAAUGUUUAAUAAGACCAUAGUCUUACUGUAUAGAAAGUCUACAUGCUACACCUGGACUUGUUUCGAUUAAUGUCUGCAGGAGACUUUUUGGAUAUUUAAGUUAUAGUUAGUAAAAUCUUAAUAAUUAUUCAUAAAGGAAACAGUUUAUAAGAAGUAAAUAAGGAGGUCAGAUACAGGGUAAAGGAAGUCUUUUAUUUGGUUGUUUGUAUUGUUGUAUGUUAUGCUCACUGUAUGUUAUGUUCAUGUUCAAGAAAGAAAGAAAGUCUACAUGCUACAGACAUUAUUGGAAACAAGAUAUAUAUUUAUAAGAAUAUAUUUUAUAUAUAAAUAUUUAUAAGAAUAUGUCAGGCCCAUCUUCCUUCUGAACUGAAAUCCUUGUUUGUGUACAACAAAAUAGCUGGUAACGAAAUCUGCAGCCUUAACCAUGUCUACGUAGAAAUACAUCCCACUGAAUUCAAUGUGGCUUCCUCCCAGAUAUGCGGGGUUGGGAUUGCAGCCUAUUUAUAUCUGCUUAUGCUAGGCAGGAGUCUGAAUAUGUGAGCUAUUUUGAGGUUCUGGCUAGAUUUUAUUGGGCUCUUGAAAAUUCUGCUCAUUUCAUUGCCCUUCUGUAUGUGGCCCCCACAAAAGAAUCAAGGGAAGCAGCGGAUCUUCUCUGUUUCUCAGAGGACCUUGCAGCAUCUCCUCUUGCAGCAGUCUGAGGCUUAUACCCACCAUACACUUAAAGCACUUGACUUCCCCAAAAGAUCAUGGGAAGUGCAGCUUACCUUUCACAGAGCUGCGAUUCCCAGCUCCCAGGGGGAAGCCAUGUGCUUUAAAUGUAGAGCACGCAUGAUGCCUGAGAAAUGCACCUGAGGACCCUGUCUCUCACAGAGAGUCAAGUACCUAUCAAGUUCCUCCUUUAGUGAGAGUAAGACUCAGAUGUAGUAUCCCUGUGGAUGCUGACCUAAGUAAGAUCUUGAAGUUCUGGCUCAGGGUUCUUUUCAGACAUUGGCCACCUCUGUAACCCAAUCACCUCUAGUGCUAUAUAUGCCCCGCUCCUUAUAGCAGCGCGACCCACAUGCUUAGGACAGGAAGUGAGGACCUCUUCCAUCCAAUUACAAUUUCAGGUGGACUUUGGACAGGCAGGACACUACACCCUCACAAAAAGUAGUCAGCUGGAUUUUGACUAAGCAGAAAUAGACAGGAUUUGUGCUAGCACAGGGGAUUCUUUUAAGGCCUGGGAAUGAGCUUAAUGCUAAUUCAGUAGGAAGUCUCCCACGGUCAGAAAGCGGUGGGCAACGUUGCUUCCAGAAGCUUUCCCAUAUCACUCAUGCCCAAACCCAACCAGGCAUUAUGACGACGGUGAUUUAAACAGCACUUAAAAUAAGCCGAGUGCUUUUGCAGGGAAUUAAAAACGACAAGCUCCCUUUCCUGAAGACUCAUCAUCUGAACACAGAUGAGACUUAAGAGGGAAGGGGGUGACGGAAAGGUGAGGCAAAUAUGUGAAAUAAUGCAUCAUUUAUAAAGCAUGGGGUUUUCGUGAGUGAGCUAUCGUUCCGACUUAAUAGAAUUUCCCUUCCUUUGCAAAAAGAAAGAAAGAAAGAAAAAAGGCGGCUUCUGUCAGAUGGCAACUGGAAGGCGCAUUUCCUUUAGUGGCUCUGCAGACACCAUUUUAUUGCUCAUUCAGAAUUAGUUGCGCUUGUGGUGCUAUCUGGGUGGGCACAAAUGACCCUGUUAGUACCGUUUGCACCUUCAAAUGUCUUGGGGCAGCCAUACUGCUUCAUUCCCAACCAGUGCUUAUCCCAUAGCUUCCAGCUGAAAUCCCAUAAUGUUUUAUAUGGAAUUGUUCAGGUUUAUUUUCAUCCCAAUUUUGUCGCACCCUUAGCUUUCUCAAUAGAAAUUCAGAUGUAGCAAACUGAAUCAGAACAAAUCCAUCACUAAGGCACUAUUAUUGUGAGUCGAAGCCCCAUCCCUUGCUUUAUGAUGAAAUAAGACACAUUGACACUGGCGGAGGAAGAGGAGUGCGGGGGGAGCGCACCGCCCCCGGCAGCGCAAUCCUGGUGGGGUGCUAUCGCAGCUGCCCCCCACAUGCACUGGGCGCCAUGCCCCCACGGUCGAUGAGCCCUGCCCCCAGGAUGCACGCCAUGCCCCCAGGAUGCAUGCCAGCCCCACCCCCACCUGCUCUCUGCCUCCCGGUUCUGGAGCAUGAAGCUCUGCCACUGCACAUGGAAACCAGUAUUUUAGGUUAAUGGGCUAAAAAUGGCCACAACUUUAUUUGUUACAGAAUGUGAGUGGUAUUGGCUUAGGCAUUGGAUCUGAACAGACUAUACUUCACUCCAACAGGCUGAGCGGCUGUCCCGCGUUUGCUUAAGAGCGGCAAAUCACAUCCUCCAGCCAAUUGCUGGAUUGGUUGGCUGAGGGCAUGAUGGAGGCCCGGGACUUCCUGUCACGCAGUGGGCCAUCCACACCCCCUGCGAAGCAUGGGAAACAAGACCCGUUCACAACUCCUCCCCUCGGGGAAGAGGAGAGGCUUUGUGUCAAUAACAUGCCGUAGAAAACAACCUCAACAAAACAGCAGUGUGGAAGGACCUGUGAGUGUCCUUUCCUUUGACACUCAGCAGUUGUUCCAAAUCCAGGUCCUCCAGCAGCACAAAGUAGACAAAGCUGUGGGUGGGUUCAGGCUAGCUGACGACUGAGCAUUUUUCUGUACUGAGAAGGAUGAAGCAAUAAUCUCCCAAGAUGGGUGUGUGCCUUGCUGCAAACUGAGAAUAUUUCAAUGAAGUUGAAGCUGGUGGAAAUUAGAAUACUGUUCCAUAUGACAAGGAGUGUGGACGAAUGUAACCUCAACGCUCAUGGAACUCUGAGGCAUCUGAAAGGGGUGUGGCAAUAGACAGAAGACUAGUGUGUAUUUAUUGUAAUGGUUUAUAUUCUAGCUCUCAGAAAACUAAUUGAUCCAAAGUGGCCUAUGAGUGGCAUUUUUUUAAAAAACAACAACCCCACAAUAAACAAUAUCAAGAUAGAAAAAAUCAUCAGGACCCUGCUCAUAGAGGAGUUGAUGUUAGGUGACCUAGGUGGUGAUGGUGGGGUAGAGAGAAAGUCCAGCUAGAGGAGACUUUGAGGAGGCUAUUGCUGGUAUUUUUUCUUCAUCCUGGAAAACUUUCCAUAGGACUACUGAAGGGGGAGGACUGUAGCUCAGUAGCAGAACAUCUACUUUGAAUGCAGAAGGUCCCUGCAUCUUCAGGUAGGACUGGGAAGAAAACCUUGCCUGAAAUCCUGGAGGCUCUGUCAGUCAGUUCAGAUGAUACUGAGGUAGUUUGGCCAAUGGUCUAGCUGUUCUAUGAUGGUAAGAACAUCCCUGUACGGGAGGGAGGAGGCAGUCCAGCUGCGACAGGCUCUGAUAUGGUUUGCCUUCAUAAUGUCCCUUCUGUGACCUGCUGCUUAAUAGAGAACAAUGGAUCAUUUCACUGCUUGAUAGGAUGUAGUGAUGGUGUUUCUGGAGAAGAGUUCAACAACAGAGAAUGGUCAAUCAUAUCAAAAUAAGACAUUACUGAAAUAGCAAAGUUAUACCGCUCCUCUCAAUUGCUAUGAGAAGAAAAGCAAAUAAUAUUCCUAAAAGAUUCCCAAAUGCUCUAUGUAAUUAAAUUGGUGGGAUUAUAUUAGCUAGAGGUGAGACAAAAUCCUGUGCCUUUCAAUAUUGUAAGGGCAAAUAAAAUGUAAUAUAUUUCUUGGGUGGAAAGUACUUCACUGUUGGAAAAAGCAUGAAACUUGUGCUGGCAAACCAGAACUGAUAUUAUUUUGUCACAUUAAUUGUAGACCUGAGCUGCAAUUAUUCAGCCUUGGCUGUUAUAUGGGGUGUGUGUGUAUGUAUUGGAUUGCUUUUGAUCUUUGCUCUUGUUUUAUUAUAUAUUUGUGUCCUCAUUUUGUGUUUUACGCUGUGAACCACCCUGUGAUCUUUGGAUGAAGGGCAGUAUAUAAAUUGUAACAACCACAGAAGCAAUAUAUGGAAAAACACUGAACGCCCCACCCCGAGAUGAAACCUUUGGGGCUAAAGCCCUGUGAACAUAAAACAAUUAAUUUAAUCAGAAAUAUGGGCCUCUUGGGUAAGCAAGAGUUAAUUUAUCUGUCUAAGCAGAAAGAGACACCCAUGAGGAGGCUGUACCUCUUUCUGACGUAUGUCAAAUGGAGCAAAGUUAUAAUGUGCUAAUCGAGCAAUGACUCUGCCAGGAUAUAAAUAUGGUCAGUUUGGAAAUGCAUUUUACAUUUUGGUUUGUUGCCAGUGUCACUCUCUUAAUAAACCUUGUCCCUUCUGGACCAUGCAGCUGCCUUUGCAGGCUCUGUCUCUCUGAAUGCCUCCUUCAAUGAAGGUUGAACCCCAAAGGGACUUGGGUCAGCUACCACUUUCUCAAAGGAACACAGAGAUUUUCCUCUCUCUCUCCCUCUCCCCCCCCCCCCCCGGGAAGCCAUGGCUUUAAUAUUUGAAAUGGCCCCAUGAAGGUUGGGUGCCUUGCAUGCAUGUUCAUUAUUAGGCAGCCCUGAUUCAGCUAGAUGGUAGCAGAUGACCUUAGGUUCUAUUGCUUUCAGUGGAACCUGUAGUCCAAUUCUGUGCCUAUUCAUUGUAGUCAGUGAGGAUUAUUCCCAAGUAAGAGUCCUUUAGCUUCCAGUCUUUAGGUGGAUUGGGGCUACUGAUUAUAGUAGUGGGUGGCUAGCUUGCAGGCUUUAAUCCAUCCUUCCCGCACAAAAAGAUCUGCUGUAGCCCCAGUCACCAUUUUAAAUUUCUGCUAAAAAUACUGAUUUCUGGUGUAAUACCAUGAUGCCAAACAAUUUUCUCAGUUUUCAUUUUUUUAAAAUAAAAAUGCCAUUUAUGUUGUGAACUGCCCUGUGAUCUUUGGAUGAAGGAUGGUAUACAAAUUUAAAUAAAUAAAUAACAUUAUGCACAUUUUAAGUAAAUUUAAUAAUGGAUAAAUGAUUCGAAAGAGUGUAAAAUAGCUGACGGGGGAAGCCAUUAGGAAGUCAGCCUUAAGAACUGCAGUUCUCAUCACAUCCGCUUUGACAUGUGGCCUCUGGAGGGUGGACAACAGUUCAUUGCAGCCCUUGACUAAAAAAAAAUCUAAGCUCCCUGGACUAUAGCAUUGCAAUAUGCACAUGUGAAUGCUCCUUCCGAGAUGACUUGUUGUCGUGAAAAUUUUGCAUCAGCUGCUGUCAGUUCAAAUGCCAUAUUCUUCAUUGUAGGUGCUAAGUGUUGAGAACUUAAGUGAUGUGAGAUUGAGGCCAGUUCCAAAGUGGCCCACGUGUAUUCAUCCCAAUAAUUCAAUUCCAUAUGAAAGGGAUGAUGAACCAGUGGUUCUCCAAACAUUCUCUAUCAUCCUCAGCCAGCUGGGACAAAUGUAAAGGAUAACAGAAGUUGCAGUCCAACAAUAUCCAGAGGGUUAUACAUUCCCCAUCCCAGCUGUACAUCUCACUGAAUGCAGUGGGGCUUACUUGCAAGUAAACCUGCAUAGGGCUUGUCUGCAUGUCUCCCAUAGCUGUCAAUGUUUUCCAUUUUUUGAGGGAGAUUCCCUUAUUCUGAAUAGGAUUCCUUGCAAGAAAAGGGAAAAGUUGACAGCUAUGAUGUCUCCUAGCACAUAAUCCUAAAUAUUCAGUUCAUAUAUUUGUUAGUAUCUUCCAUUAUGGUAUUUGACAUAGUAGUCUAACACGAUCUGUUGUUGCUCAUUCAAGCUCCAGAAUUUAAGAGAAACAACGAAGGUUCUGAAAGCCCCAGGUAAAUAUGAUUGUCACUGUUUAAUUCACAGGAGCAGUGAGUGGUAGCAGAUUCGAAGAUGUCGUCUACAGUGCCGUUCUACCAAAGGAGGCACAAGCACUUUGACCAGUCCUAUCGCAAUAUUCAGACCAGGUAUUUGCUUCAGGAAUAUUCAGCAAGAAGGUAAGUGCCAUACUUCUGGGUCUGGGUUUGGUGGGGCCAAAGCAUGAUAAAUUCACAAUAAAUACAGGACAACCACUCGGGAUUUAAACAGGCUAUAACUUUAUUGAUUACAGGUGCUAAGCAGGUUUUGGCACAGGCAUUGGGUAUGUAUCCUGAAUCAACCAACCCAUCUGCUGGUUGAUUAAUCAGCAGGGUUAACCAAAGUUAAGGAUCACCCUAUGAUGUACAUCAAAUCAGGGCACAAGUUGUGCACGGUGGGUCUAAUGGCUCAGUCCUAAGAUGCGCAUCUGAGCCAACAGAUUUGAUUUGAUUUAUUUUCCAAGAACAUGUAUACACACACACAGACACACACACACACACACUCGCAAAACCAGAUGAGAGAGGAAAAGUAAUACAGAGUUUUGCAGUAAAAUAAUAAUAGCAAACCAGUGUACCAAAUGACAAUUGUGCUUCACUGAACAGCAAAUGGUUUUUAAAGUAGUCCUGCCAUAACAAAGAAUGAGAAGCUGGAGGGUUAUGGGAUCUGCCUCACUCUCUUGGCGUUGACUGGAAAUAUUGGUGUCAUACUGGAUAUAUGAGAAGCUUGACUUCUCCCUGCGCAAAUAGUUAAGAGAGGUGAAUGGAAAAGCUGUGACCUUCAGGUCAUGCUGAAGAACCGGGAGCGGUAUAAUGAUACAUUUUUGCAGUGCACAACCUCACCAUGACAGUCCAUAUAGCUGUGUCUUGAGAAGAGUCUAAAACAGAGGCAGCUAUGUUUAUCCAUUAUUAUAUACAUGUGCAAACAAUGCGUUACAUUGUAGUAUAUCCAUUUUAUUAGGAGCAGCAUGACUGUGAUUCUGUGCAUAGUUUUCUGGGAGCAAACUCUGUGAGUGUUUGCUUUUGACUGCUUAGGCUCAGCUUGUAAAACACCUUGAGUUUCAACCAAAGAUUUUCAGCCAGCUAAAAUGCAAUAUUUAGCUUUUAAAAAGAAAUACAAAUUUUUACCAGUUAAACUGAUAGUAGGAAGUAGGAACCACAUCAAAGAAACAGAAAGAAGUUUCCAGCCUUUGCUGGAUUAUUUUCCUCCUUCUCCAACUUCCUCUAAGCUGUCACAAAAGCAAUUUGAAAACCUCAUUAUCACUUUGUUCACUCGGUGGUGUUAGGCAGGUCCACUCAAGUUACUUUUUCCUCCAGCAGAUGCCAUCAUUGUUCCUGUUCUGAAAAAAAGUCACGGAGCUGCAUUCAUCUGUGCUUUCCCUUCACCAUAGAACUGGAGCAUCUGUCUUAAGGCUUCUGUUAGCGAAGAGGAGCUUGUUAGGUUCUCAGUUCAAAUUCAGUUACCUCUCUAGUCUGAAACAACCAUGACCUUUUAUUGCCAUUUGGAUAACUUCUCCCCCUCCAUUUUAGCAACUGGGCAAAAGAAAAUCUGAAACGUAUUUCAUUUAUGCAAGUGAACCAAUGACUAGUUUUUUGAUUUCCCCAGAAAGACAUGGAAAUCUUAACACUGCGUUAUCGUAAAAGUUGUUAUCAUUGCUUUGCAUAUAAGGGCUGCUUCCAGACAAGCUGCUUCUAGACAUGCUGUUUCCUAUUCUGCACCUGCCGAUGUGGGAAGGACAACGUGUCGCUUGUGUGCCAGGAGACUUCAUCAUGUCUCAUCUGAAGAGGAGUCACACGAAUCCCAGGCAAUGAGGUAAAGCUUUCUUCAGCCAGGAUAUAAAAGUAAGGAAAGUGAUGGUGGAAAAGACUCAGUGAUUCAUAGGAAGCUGUCUUAUACCAGGCCAGACUAUUCAUCCAGUAUUGUCUCUUCAGCCCAGUAUUGUCUCUUCAGGUUCCUUUUAAUUGCUGAUGCCCAAGAUUGAACCUUGGAGCUUCUAUAAACAAAGCAUGUCACCUACCAUGGAGCUAUAGUCCCUCCCUUAAUCACUACCCUAUUGAUUGGCUGAGCUGUCUAAGAAUGGUGCAAAUGCCAUUGGCUAAUGUUCUCAGACCACCAAUGGGAAACCUCAGGCCUGAAGGCCAGAUGCAGACCUCUCUGUCUGUCCCUUGGAGCUCUCUGUGGGCCACACCCCCUCUUCAGGCCACACCUCUCAUGAGCUCUGCUUUGCACUCCCUUUGAGUAUUUUGGCUUCAUUGUGUCCAACUCUAUUAAUGCUUUUUCUUUUCUUCCUUGGAUGGAGGAUAGAGAAGGCUGCAUGUGUGUGUUUGCGUAGAGACUAGCCUAAUGUUCAAAGGUUUUGUUUUUUAAAAUUUCAUUGGUUGCUCUGCCAACUUUUGCUUAUGGCCCAGAAAAAGUUUGCCUAGCCCUGCCACAGAGAGAGGCAGAGAAGCAGAAGGAAAUAGGUAAAGGGGAGGAGAAGGAACCAGAGUCUGAGAAGGCAGAAGACCAGGAGAAAGGGCAAGAUAAGAGGGGAGUGUUGGAGGAGGAAAAAUUUGAUCCAAAUGAAUAAGGAGGAGAAAGGCAAAAGGAGGAAUAUGAGACGACCAGCAGGAGGGAGGAUGGGUAUAGAAGAGAAAUGCUUACAUGGCCAAGAGCUGCAGUAGCAAGGAAGGGUGAAGUUCGCAUUUUGAUUUGAGGUUCCAAUCCAGAUCAUUGACAAGGAGUUCCUAGUUUUCCUUUCAGUUUUCAUAUGUGUUGCCUUUGGGUCUCUGGCACCCAAGAAUUGUGUUUUGUCAGGCACAUCAGUAAAUGUGCCUUGGGGCAUAUUUAUAAUGGCCGACUACAGCAUCCUCCCUACUUCCCCACUGAAGUCCUCAAACAGGAAAGGAAAUCAUUUCCUACGUUAAGAACUCUCAAAACCUCCUGAAACACCCAUGAGGAGCAGUUUUGUUGGCAGAACUGUCAACAUGACAAGAUGCUUGUAGUGUCCUGGGCUCCUUAUUAAUUUAUUAGGCCUGGAAUACUGAAGCAUUGAGUGUCUCGUAAAUCUCAUAGCUGACAUAUGCCCGUACUGAAAAUAGACUUUAAAAAUUGGAUUAAGUAUGAAUCUGCACUGAAAUGUGUGUGUGUCUGUAUGUGUGUGGAGUGUAAGCAACUGUGCUAAGUUCUUGCUAAAGGCCAAAACUAUAUGUUUGGGCAACUUACUCAUAAUAUAGUUAUCUUCCCCCCUUCCUAUUUAUCAUUGGGGGAGCUUAAGGUGACAUCUCAGUUUCAGCCGAGAGAUGUACUCCUGUAAUAAAUAUGCUGACAGCCCUGUUCCUGUUUUGUGUGAGUGGCUGUACGGCCACUGACGUAUUGCACAACAAAUACUCCCCAGGGACAUGGACAUGGCAUGUCAUGAAAGGUAGAGUUAUAGAGAGAUUGCCGUUCCUCUUCCUUUCAGACAAGUUAAGGGUCCCCAAGUGACCUGCUGGCAGCCCCUUGACAUCACAGCGGGUGGAAUAUGAAUGCUGAUCUCGGUUUAAAUAAUAAAUCUAAAUUUGAAGAUGUAGUCUAUUCUGCUGCAAGGGACUAAGGGUGAUUUCCAACUAUGUGGCUACUCAGAAUAGACCCAAUGAAAUUAAUGGAUGUAAGUUAGGCAACUUCAUUAAUUUCAGUGGGUUUACUUAAUUUGUAAGUAAGUCCAGCGUUGGAUACAGAAUGUAAAAAACCCCAGUACGUGAUUGCAUAUUACACCUUUGCAGAACGGUUGCCAUUAUUGUGCUACUCUGCUGUGAUCAGCUGUCAUGAUGCAUUAGAAUUGAAAUGCUUUCGAUCACACAGAGAGGCUGCGUCAGAUAGGUACUUCCCACCUUCGAAUCAGCGGCCCCAAUGGAGAAGGGAUGGAAGUACCCAUAGGAUUUGACCUACCAAUGCCAUAUUAACAAACUAGUUGUCUAUUCUUGGGGCAACCACACCACAGGAGUCCAAUCAGUGAUUUUAAAAAAGAUGAACAAUGGGGAGAAUAAUCUUAUGUUAGGGAUGAGAGAGAACGCCACCCAUGGUGGAAGCUGAGGGUGGGAAGAAAAGGCAAUUUUUACCACAAUGGUUCUGGUGUUAUCUCAUUUUCCAUCCUUUUUCAGGUUCCCUCCUAUUGGUUCUUAUGGGAGGGAAAUUCAGUAUGCUUCCUGGAUUAAAGAUUAAGACCUCCUGCAGGACCAUGGUUUUGCCCUCCCCCCCCCCUUAGGAUGCAUUUAUUUUUUUUAAAAAUGACCACGGGAGAUCGUGGUGUUGGAUCUCCCAUGGCACAUCUACUUGGGUAUAUAAAACUAUUCAGGCAGAAAAAUAACAAAAGUCUAAGAUGGGCUGCUCAAAUCCCAUUUUAUUAUCUCUCCAAGCACCCACCCUCAGCCCAGUUUCAACAGAUGAAUCUAAGAAGAGGUCUGCUGGACCGUAGUCUCAUGUAGUUCAGCACCCCAUUUUCACAGUGGCCAACCAAAUGAGGAGCUCAUAAGCAGGACCUAAGAGAAACACAACUCUCCCCACUUGUGAUCUGCAUCGGCUGGUAUUCAGAGGCCUCCUGCCCCUGCCCUGGCUUACUUCAGAUUCAAUUAAAGGGACUGAGGCUUGCUAGCAAUGACCUCAUUCUCUGUAACUGGGCAAAGUAACUGGGCUUUUUCAAGGCCUAAAGUAAUGACAUGAGUGUUUUUGACAGCUAUUGGCUAAGGGUCAAUGAAGGCCAAAGAAAUAAAAGAGCACUUCUUUGUACAAAAUCCAUGGACUUAUUUAAGAGACUUUUAGAUCUCCUUUUAGGACCACGACCUCACAAGGGAACUCCGUAAAACAGCAAUAAAGUCUGACAACAAUACAAUUACCAAUAACAACCCACAUUUAAAGUGUAAUCCUACACAAGGCUACUAGGAAGGAAGUCCGAUGGACUUCAGCAGGGCUUGAUUAUCUUUCAGCAGCAUUGCUAACUGCAUUAUCAACCUGUCUUCUCCCCCCUCCAAUUUCGGAAGCAGAACUAAGCAAAACAACGUGUAUGAGCAAUUUGGCAGAUACAAUAGAAGUCACAGGGCACUCUGUGUCGUUCUUAAAAGCACUCCACUCAUGUUUGAAGGCUGAAACACAGCUUGAAGGACAUAUUACUGGAGAACCAUCCUUGGCAGUGCCCUCCUUGAAAUCCCUUUUUUCACUCAACAUUUGAAACUAGGGCAACUGAGGGCAUGGUGGGGAAAGUAUGAGAGUGGCCGCAGGUAUAUGCUCUAGAUGCCCUCAGUAUAAUGUGUGAGCAGAUCUCAUGGGGCUGUACACUAUACACGUGUUAAGUGACCUGUGUGAUUGGGCACCCACCACCAAGGAUCUGAGACAGAACCAGAUUAAGACCUUCAGAGGCAUUUCCAAGAGUUUGGUGCCGCCAUAUAUAUCUAAUUCAAAAUAUAGGCACUAAUAAACCGUAGAAUAAAAUUUUAUUUUUUGAAAUGAAAUGAAACCUACAGUAAGAUGGAAAAAGAUGUUUCUUUUUGUAUACUUCCACUUGAUUUGUAUUUAUUAUGCUUAUAAUUGUGUACAGUGGUACCUCGGGUUACAUAUGCUUCAGGUUACAUAUGCUUCAGGUUACAGACUCCGCUAACCCAGAAAUAGUACCUCGGGUUAAGAACUUUGCUUCAGGAUGAGAACAGAAAUCAUGCUCCGGAGGCGUGGCGGCAGCAGGAGGUCCCAUUAGUUAAAGUGGUGCUUCAGGUUAAGAACAGUUUCAGGUUAAGAACGGAUCUCCAGAACGAAUUAAGUACUUAACCCGAGGUACCACUGUGUGUGUGUGUGUGUGUGUGUGUGUGUGUGUAUUCCCAUUUAUUGUGGGAGCCUUUUUUGUGGAACCUGGUUCAACUGCGCCAUAUGGUCCAUGGUAAUCCCAGCAAUGCAACAUUUCUGUGGUGCGCCCCCCUUCCCUUGAUGCCCUAAGCACAUGAUUAUUUUGCUUAAUGGUUAAUCCAUCCUUUAUCUGAGAGCUGGUGUGAGUGCAGUGGUUAGAACUGGAAAGACCCAGGUUCAAAUCCGUACUUAGCUCACUGGUUACUCUUGAGCCCUGUGGUUGAGGUGUGUGUUUUACUGCAAAUGUACAUGCUCUUCAAAGGAAAGGAGGGGUGCAAGUUUAAUUGCAUUACAUGGUAUAUUAAAUGUGAGUGGGUUAUGCCACCAUGACCCUGCUCUCUUGCCACUUUCAGCCAUCGUAGGUUGUGUGGAAAGGUUCAGCUAAGCCCCACAUAAAGAAGUGUCUCAGUGACAUUGGUGGAGCCACUCCAGCCCAGCACCAAUUAAGGUCUAAUUAGGUGAGCCACUCACAGCAAAGGAAGACGAGGAAGAAGAAGAUGCUGGAAUGCUUGUGCAUCUGCCCCUCAAGAUUCUUCUUGCAUUAUCCUGGGAAGGGAAAUAGUUCAGAGUACAGAAUCUGCAUCUCCUUAAUGCCACUAAUGAAACUCCAUAGCCUUCAUUUGUCUGCUGUAGAGUUUCAGUAACAACGUGAAGUCUUUGACGCUGGGUUCUUCUCAUGCUGUUUCCCCCCACCCCUCCUCUGGUCAUGCAGGGUUCAGGAGCAAAAGUCUCAGCACUGGAGCGAACAGAGAAGGAUCCGGUUUGUCACCAGCUUGUCCGCUUUGGAGGAGGAGAUGCGCACAGCCAGGCUCCUUGCCAGAGAACAACUGGACAGAAUCGCCAUACAGAGGAUGGUACUGUAAGAGGGUCUUUGUCCCUUCCUUAGUUUGUGGGCCUGCUCAAGCUCCUUCCUUGCUAAGAGCCUCUGGACUGCCUAGUUCUCCCCUCUUCCUAUUUAUUUAAUUUGUUUCCCCUCUUGCGCUGCAGGUAGAAGAGAAGAUGGCUUUGGAAAGGUAUACCGUUGAAGAGACCAUCAGCCGAGCCCCUGAAAUUUUGGUGCGGCUCCGGUCUCACACAGUCUGGGAGAAGAUGUCUGUCAGACUUUACUUCACUGUCCAGGGAUUUCCCACUCCUGUUGUACAAUGGUAAGGCUUUGACCCCUUUCCAGGAAUCUCAAAAUGGCGUGAGGCUUUACUCAUUUGGGAGCUUCGGCUCAGCUAUUAAGUGUCACAUACAUAAUGGCUAUGUUAAAAAUGCUUUGUAAUCCUCAAAGAAAUGCUGGAUGGGUGCUGUUGACAUUGCGGUUAAAGGAACCGAAGGCCCCGUCUUUGUACUGCAGACAUACACACAGUAGCUAUUUUGGAGCACAAAAGCUGUGGCACACUGGCCUAAUGGCUUAGAAAAGAAGGAGGGAAACCGCUCUACAAGUUUAAAACUCCUGCUGAUUUUAAUGGAGCAGCAUAGCAGCCCAAGACUACCAUUAUUGCUUUACAAUAAGAGUUAAAUGCUACAAAGUCACCUAAGAAAAUGUGAAUCAACUGGAACGACUGGUGUGAGAACAGUAGAGCAGGGAACAGUAGAGCAAUGCGAUCAUUGUAGUAAUCUAAAUGAGGGUGGGCAGACUUUAGGCUUGUGGAAUCUUUUUAUUUUUAGGGUUUUUUAAAUACUAAAACUCUUAAGGUCCACCAACUGAAACCUGGUGCAGAAGGCAUGCACUUCGAUUCAAAUAAUUCUGAGCCCAUGACAUUUUUGAGUACCAGAACUGGCCACACAUCUGAAGCUCUUUUCCAUUUCCACAGUAGAAUUUGGGAAAGGGGAGUCAUUGUAUUGCUGCCACUGUCAAGCUAGGAAUCCUUGCCAAUCCACUGCCAAUAUACCAGUAGAUGCUGCUGUAGCUUCUCCCGCAGCCUUGCUCUAAACCUUCUAUAAGCUGCAAGUGUCUAGGGUUCCCUCAAGAGAAGCACAUCUUAACAAGAAGAAGUAACUGUAAAUCACUCUCAGUGAGUCUGCCCAUGCAUGUUCACUGACAGUUCAGAUAUCACAUGUGUGAAACAGCCUUCACAGAUCAAACACUGUGGAAUUUUCACAUAAUAUAAUCUUGGAUCUCUUUUCGUCUGAAGACGUUCAUGUAUUCAGCUCAUAAUCAUCCAGUGAUAAGUCAAAGAGUGAAGAGGCAUUGGCAGUGUAUCCACAUGCCUGAAUGUGCCUGUAGUCUAACCUCCAUUCUGUUGACUACGGAGAAUGAGUGCCUUGAUUUCUCUUUUGUAACCAUCUGUUUCCUGGGAAACCUAUUUUCUGUUUCAUUAUUUUAGUCAUGACCUGUCUGUGGCUUAUUAUUAUGUUUAUCUUCAACCUUAUAUGAAGUAAUUAAGUCUGUGAGCAGUAUUAGGGAUGUAUAAGUAAUGUAUUUCCACUGUGUUUCCACAGUAGGUAAAAUGUUGCCUCCCCACUGUCCAGGGUUGCUAUCCUGCCAGUUGAUAUGUAUGUGAACGGUUCCUUUUACCCCUUGCCACCUGUCUUAGGAUCAUAGUAAGCUGCCUUACACUAAGACAAUUGGUCUACCAGUAUUGUCUAUACUGACUUGUGGAAGCUCCAGGAUUUCAGCAGAAAUCUUCUCUAUCAGCUCUUGGAGCUACUGGGGCUAAACCUGAGGCCUUAUGCAUGCAACACAGAUGCUCUACUGAUGAGUUACUGUCCUCCUCCUUUCCCUGCCAUUCUAAAGACAGAUUUGGUAAGGGCUGGUGAUGAAGAAAGACAGACGCUAGCAUAAAGCCAAACAGGGAGGCACACAGUUAGUCAUGCUCUUCCAGAUGUUUCAGGGAGAAAUAGGAUGUCAUAUUGCACCGUAGGGAAGCUUACUGCAUGAUGGCUGUAAUUCAGUGGUGCAAUAAUCACAUGCAGACUCCCAUGUGACUAUUAGCAUGACUAUUUGCUUAGGAAGUUCUCCUGUGCCUUUAAUAACUGUGCAGAAGAGGGAAUGAUUGCAGGAUAGCUUAUAAAUUUUCUAGGGGAGCUACUCUUAGAGAUUCUCUGUUAUGCAGCCAUUAAAGUGACAGAAGUCCUGUCUUCCUGCGUGCUCAGCCAUCCCAGCUGGAUUGAGCAGUGAGCCUAACUAAAUAAGAUUAUGGACAUCUAUGUUCAAUACACAUAGUUUGUACAUUUCCCCUACACCAUCCGUUCUAUAUACGUGCAGAAGGUCAUUGAAACGGGGCAAACAGCUUGUGUUCUUACCGUUGUUAUGUCCUAAAUGCCAUCGAAUUGCUCCUUACUUACUGUUGCAAUUUGUUUAUUGGUGCGAUCUGUCCUCUUUUCAUGUGUUAGGUAUAAAAAUGAAGAACUGAUUACUCCUGCAAGUGAGCCUGGGAAGUACACAAUCGAAAGCAAAUAUGGGGUGCAUGUCUUGGAUAUAAACCGGUAAGGAUAUAUUUUUCUUUUUUUGGGAAGUACGUUUAUGUGAAUAAAUGACCUCUAUAAAUAUAGUGUACUAUGCCACAGCAACUAUAGGGAGAGUCAGAUGACCACCCCAUGGAUUCAGAAAACAUGGACUGUGUGCGGCAGCCCCACACCCUUUGCAACCUAAACCUUGGCCACUUGUGUGAUUGGUGCAUGUGAAGGGACUGUACAUGAGAAAAAUCCUGAUAGGGCUUGAAUCCCCCAUGUGGAUGAGCUCUAUGUGAGCAUAUCUGUAUGUGCAUUGAGCACCAAACAUAGGGCAUACCUGUCAACUGUCCCGGGGGAAAAAAAUGGACAUUUUGUUUUCCCCCAUGAGAGCAUGGUGGCUAUUUGCUCUUGCCCGAUUUUGGGCCAAUAUCUCACUCCAAGAAAGCAUGUUUUCCAGGUCCAUGAUCUUGUACGGCACCCCAAAACAUGUGUUUUAGGGUGCUGUGCCCAAAGAACUGCUUUUUCAUGUCUGCAGUCUCAUGUGGUGCCCCAAAACAUGUGUUUUUGGGCAACAUGACUGAAAAAGCGUUUUUUUCUGGGUCCAUAAUCUUGCGCAGGUCAUGUGACUCACAUGGGAUUUUGGACCCGGAAGACGGUGUUCUGGAUUUGGGCUGCAUCACUUGGGAGGGUAUGGCCACUAUGAUCAUAGGGGAGAAAGAAGAUCAUCAGAACCUUCUAAUAUGUUACACAAACCAUUGGUCCUCUUAGACUAAGAAUGGAGGAAGUCUAUUGCAUUGGUAGGCACUGUAAAGUUCACAGUCUGCUUGGACCAUGACUUACCUGUAGUUAGUUGUUUCAAGGAAAAGUGGGCAAAAUAUUUUCUUGUGGGUGUGUGUGAGUGAGCCCAGGUGGAGACUUGCUUCAGGCAGAGCCUUGUGAAGGAGGGAGAUGAAAACCGGAAUGGCUGUCUGAAUGCUGUAGCACAACUUUUGGAAGUAUUGACCCAGGCUGGUGGCAGCACCGUUUGGACUCCAGAGCAAAACAGGCUGCAAAAUAACCAGAUAAAUUUGUGGCUCUUAUGUUGCUUGCCCCUGAUCUAAUGGAAAUUGAUGAAACAAAUCCUCAAUAUUACCAAGUGCAGGGAAAACCCUGCUGUAAACAGACAACACAAAUGAUUGUUUGGCCAGUCAGAUAAUUACAAAUCGAUCAGACUGCUGUCUUUGGCGGUCAGCAGCAAAUGCUGGCUGGAGUUUAAGUAGCCAUAAGCCAAUUUAAGGAAAGAGAAUGCUAAAGAAGCCAAAAGAAGAAGAAGCUAAAAUUGACUUUUAUGAUCAUGGGAAAUGCAAGCAAAGGCUAAUGCUUCAUUGUCUCAUAUCCACUUUCCAUAGGAAGGAUCAGGGGGGAAAUGUUAUUUUUUUCUCCUAGAAAUUAGGCAGAAACCUGUCUAAUAGCAGCUUGGAAUCUGCCUGAUUUAAUGUUUGUAUCUUUUUCUAGAACGGGUGACGGUCUUCUGUCCUUUUACAUUCAGGGAGAUGAUUUCCUCCUCUCCCCAGUAUCUUUCCAUGUUAUCAUUUCUUCUGACUUCUUAGGCGUCUUGGGGUCAAAUUGUAGAUGUGAUGGCAUUUAUGUCUUUAAGCUCUUGUGUGGUGGGAGGGGUAGCCAGCCUGGGGCUGUGACAUGGGGAGAGAAGGCUUUCACCCUUUGAUUCCAAGCUGGACCAUGGAUUAAAGCCCCCUCCUCAUACCAUAGUUCCAGUCUGGAUAUGCCCUCUCUCCAUGCCAGUGGUUUAUAAGCAAAGGCUAAAGGUGUGAAUCCCAUCACACUUAGUUUGCACCUGGAAAGGACAAUAAUCCCUGGAAAAGCCAGUGAAUGAAGUCUAGAUGCAUUUGGCUGAAAGGGUCUUCUUCUAAGUGUCUCUAUAUUUGUGUGACUGAAGGUGUGCUUGUGGGAAUUUGGACAUGUCUUGAGAUUGGAUGUUUUUGGUCCCUAUGCUUGUUUGCUUGGAUGAAGAAGAGAUUGAGGAGCAGGGAGUGGAUGCAUUUGGUGGUGCUAAUGGAAAAGAUGCUGCACUAAUGAAUCACUAAGAAACUUGCUGAAUAUAUAUAUAUUCAGGUGUGAUCAUUACUUAUUACUUUAUAUAAUUAGCUGGGAUAAAUUAAUGGGUACCAGUGAGCAACUGUGCUGUCCAGUGGAGACGCUCUCUUUCUUUUAUGGUUUUCUGAGGGCUUUUGUUCUCUUCUUUCCAUGUCUAUUUUCCUCUCUCUUACACACAACCUAAUAAAACUGCCCACCGAAACCAAAUCCGAUAGCUCAGUUGGUAGAGAAUGAGAUUCUUGAUCACAGGGCCAUGGGUUCAAAUCCUACAUCGGGCAAAAAUAUUCCUGAAUUGCAGGGGGGUUGGACUGGAUGAUGCUUGGGGUUUUUUUGAAUUUUUUUUAUUCCCCCCCCCACAAAUAUUUAAGCACACAAACAGAUAAACAAAGACAUAAACAAAUAAACAAACAUAAAUCAUAACCUUUUUGAGCCUUAAUCUAAUUAACAUUGUUAAGUGACUUCCUCAUAUCCCCAUGGUUGGGUUUCAAUGGAUAUCAUUUUAACGGUUUUCCAAUUCAGUAUUCUUAUAAAAUUUACUUAAUCGCUUAACAUCUUUCUUUCUAACCAAUUCAGUAUUCAACAUAUUGAAUCAUCACAAAUUACAUAUAUAAAUCCUAAGCCUAUCCGGUAUUUGCAAGGUCCCCCCCCCAAUUAAUUUAACUUAACAUAUUUAACUAAAUAUUCGUUGAAUUAUGUGUCCACCACAUAUUAGUAAUACAUCAUUAACUAUGUGCAUAUGUUUCUUUUUUCUUUUUUUACAUUCAUUUACUUGUUCCUUCUUUUCUCCAGUAAGCUCAAGGUGCUGUACAAUGUUCUUUUUAUCCAUUUUUAUCCUCACAACAACCCCUUGAAGCUGGUUAGGCUCAGAGUGUGACUGGUUCAUUCAACGACCUUCAUUGCCAAGGGGGCAUCUGAAUCUGGGCAUCCCCAGUUCUAGAAUAAAACUCUUAAAUAUCACUCCAGACUGCUGCUUAUUGCAGAUUAUGGUACAUAAUUAAUUGAAUUAAUUAACAGAGUCAUACUGUUGCAUCCAAAAAGGCACCUACAGCAACUUCUUCUACAGCUGAUGUUUGGUGCCGCUUCCCAAGUCUUUUGCGAUGUAGUAAUUUGGACAUCAGACUUUACAAUCCCCAUAUUAUAGAAAGGGGGAAUAUUUGGCGACAGCCAAGAAAAAUAAGUCCGAGAUCAGAAAAAGCUGAAUGGAGUGCUUUGGGCGUUCCCUCUUGAUAUUCAUUAACAAUCUUUGGAAUGGAAGGAGAAUGAAUUUUUUUAGUGUUGCAACAAGGUGUGUAUCUGUGCUUUGCACAAUGCAGUUUGUAUUCACUAGUAUCCAUGUAUACUCUUGAAUUAUGAUGUCCAGCCAUAAAUUUUAUUCCACAGUUUAACCCACUCCAUCUUUCAGAAAGCCAGGCAUUUGCAUUCAGGUGAAACUUACUGUCUAUCAUUCUUGUCCUGGACAAAAAACCCCAAAACUGAUCAUGGAUUUCCAUCACCUUCCUCUGCUUUCAUUUAAAACAGGCAUGCCCAAACUUGGCCCUCCAGAUGUUUUGGGACUACAACUCCCAUCAUCCCUAGCUAACAGGACCAGUGGUCAGGGAUGAUGGGAGUUGUGGUUCCAAAACAUCUGGAGGGCCAAGUUUGGCCUUGCCUGAUUUAAAACAUUUGGGGUUUUUUUUGGAAAAAUAACAACCCCACAUAAUUAGUGAAUGAAGACCACAGUUAUGAAGGAGAUUCAUUAUCUGAUCUUGCAUCUGUUUACAUUUUUUUGUGAAAAGUAGUCCAGAGGAGGUGGGGUCUUAUUAAGAUUUGAAGAUAUAUCCUGGAAAGUUGCAGACAUCUCUAGUGUCAUUUUUGGGUGGUGGUGGGGCUAUAGAAGAGCUAAGAUUCUCCGCCUAUUUCAGUAUUCUUCUCAGCUGUUCAUGCCAAUAUGCUGAGCUUCUAGUCAUCCGAUACUUGGCCACUUCAAGCAGCUUAGGAAUUUCUUGGCUGUCAUCUUAGUGGUUCUCUGAAGCUUAUGCAGAGAACUUUACCUUCUGAUGCAAGUGUGACAUUUAUUCCUAUGAAUAUACUGGGUGCUCCUUGGCUCCAGUGGAAAAAUUCUUGAGGAGCCAAAGAUGUGGCAUCACCCUAUCAUUUUUUUUAAAGUUGCAAUUGGACACUCUUCCAUCUGUCCAUUUGCCUGUCUCAGAGGACUCUGACAUCUGCACCAAAAUCUAGUCUCUCUCUCCCCCCCCCCCCCCAUUUUGGAUCCAUCAGCUCACUCUGUGUGGUUGUCUCUCUGUGUGUUUGUUUCAACAGCUAGGUGCUGCAGCGUUUAUUUUCAUAUACUGUGGCCUUUCAUAUUCCUUUUCCUGGAAUAAGCAGCAAAACAAAAUGGCAUCUCUUUCCCAUUCACUGCUUUUCAAUUGGUCAGUGUUUCUACUUCCUAUUGAAACCAGCAGCUGAGAUCCCAAUUUAUUAAAUUGUGCACCAUAUGUGAGAUUUCACUUAUGCGUAGCAUUUAUCCAGAUAUGAAGAACCUGUGACCGUGCAAGAUUUUUCUUCUGCCUGAGGCAAAAGAGCAAAUGGUGCCCAGUACCAAGUGUACUCAGUAUAUGUAGUACCAAAAGCUGGUCAAAUUAUUUUGGUACUUGAGGCAAAACAUCUCGUAAGGACAACUCUCCUUCCCUGGGAAUCAAAAUACAACCAAAAAAUUUAAAUAACUAGUCGUUUACUGCCCUUUCAUGACACUCCAAGCCACAGACCAGAAGUGGCAAUAUCACUCUGCCUAACAGUAAGAUGAGGCUUGGUUGUUGUACUCCAGUUCCCAUCAGCUCCAACUAGAAUGACCAUCAUGGAUGAUGGGAGUUAUAGUCCAAUACACUAUGGAGGCUAUAAGUUCCCCAUCCCUGAAGUAUGAUUUCAUAUCCUCUACCUUUGAAUUCAUAAAAUUAAUCAAUUUCAGAUCUCCCCUGCAUAUUAUUCUGUGGUUUCUGCUGUAUCAUCUACUGUGGCAAUACCUUAAUUGACUGCUUAAGACCCCAGUUCCUCAUGAACUGCUGCCACCCACAUGAACCCGCCUGGGGAGAUGAGGGAGCUGGCCAGGAACCCAGACAGCUGGUGUGGGGUCCUCUAAUCCUGGUGGAGGGAGGUCCCAAUUCAUUGGUUCCUCAGGAUCAUUGGCAAUGUAGAGAUCAGAUGGGGAGGGGUCGUGCUCCUUUGCUCUUUUUUGGAGGAGGCCUCAUGUUUGAGGACCAGGCAAAUGGAUACGAGGGUACAAUCAGUGCCGGAUUUACGUAUAAGCUAAACAAGCUAUAGCUUAGGGCCCCACUCUCUUGGGGCCCCCCAAAAAAAUUAAAGGGGAAAAACUGGAUGUACAUUUCCAAAAUAUAAGAUAAAAAACAAAUAAAAUAAAACAAAACCUACGUACAGUAACAGUGUUGUGUAGGCUCCUAUGAUGUAAGUAAUGGGCGCCGCAUAUAGCAUAUAUUCAACACAAAAAACAAUGACAGAUUGUUGUUGACAAAGGACAGCUGGACAUAUAAAGGGCCCCAUUACCUUCAGUACCUUAGGGCCUCAUCGAAGCUGGGUACGAUUCACCUUCCCUUCCGUUUGCUAACCUCUCAGGCAAAGUGCUAAUGCCCAAAUAGGAACUGUCAGUAAAUAUUUUCCCAACAAAGUUGUGCUCAUAAAAGAUAACUCACAUUUCUUUACUAUUUGUCAUGCGAAGACAGCAUCAACAACCUUGUUAUUGUCUAGGUACAGUCAGUGCAUGAUCUGUGUUUCCUUUAUUAGCAAGGCUGUUGCUAUUUCCACAGAGAGUUUCCACAGGUGUGCAAAAUAUAGAUAAGGAUCUAGUGGUGAUGAUGAAGAUAGGGAUCUAGUGGUGACAGCAACAGUAAAAAGGCUUCCCUUUACUCUUCAGAAAUAAACUGUUAUCAGGCACCUUUUGAUCCAAUCUAUAGGUACUGAAUUUUGGCUGUUCAUUUCAACUUUACAGAAGUCCAGAAACAAUUCUGAGUAUAGUUUGCCCUUUCAAAAAUUAUUUGAAGGAAUAGACAUUUAUCAGAAGUGAGCAGAAAUUUCGUUUUAGAUUAGCUGCUUUGAGUUCCCUUAGAAAGAAAAGUAGGAUAAUAAAAUAAAUAGUAUCCAUUGCAUCCACAGUACAGUCUUGUUUUUCUUUUUGUUUGUUUUUUGCUAAUGACUAUAAUUCACUUUUUGCAAUAUAACACACAAUUUUCAAGUCUCUGUGACUAUUAAAUUCCACCGAUUUGCCUCGAGUUUUUGCAAUGCAUGAGCAAUGAUCUGCCUCUAGGAGGAGCUACAACCCUUAGAUAUGACUACUGUAAAGUGAUUCCAGAGUUUACUGUCAUUCAUAAGCGAGUUAUCAAAAUGAAGUAGUGAACAUUUCACCUUUCAGUGAUGUCACAGACCAAAGGAAGUGCUCUGAUUGCAGAUCUUCACUUUAUUUUUCCUCUUCAUUCCCUCCUCUCCCUUCUCCUCACGCAAAGCAAGGCUGUGAAAUUGUUGCUUUCGCGAAAAGGUCCACUUCACACCACAAAAGCUAACCGGGCAUCCCAACUCUCUGUGUCAGUUAUCGUCUGUCAAAUCAGAAGCAAAUGUGAAAGCGAUAGUUAUAUCCUCUUUUUUCACCUUUCCUUAUCUAUAAUAUAUCUAUCUAAUCUCAAUAUGAUCUUUGGAGAGGAAAUCUGAAACUUCCUCUUUAAAGGCACAGAUGUUCAAAAUGUGGUCUCCUGACACUUAGGAGGAAAUUUGCCUAGUGAACAUGUUAGGAUAUACCUGGAUUUUACACAGAAGCAUCCAAGCACAUAUUCUCAAGUGCAUCACAAAAGUAUUGCAGUUUUUAAAAAACGUUUCUUGCAGGACACUGGGACCUGAAGACUCAGUGGAAGUGCAAUUUUAAAACAUGUUCCAAAGAGUUUGAUUCCUUCUCUGCCCAUCUUUAUGGCAUUGUUGUUGUUGUUUAGUCGUUUAGUUGUGUCCGACUCUUCGUGACUCCAUGGACCAGAGCAUGCCAGGCACUCCUGUCUUCCACCACCUCCCGCAGUUUGGUCAGGCUCAUGUUUGUAGCUUCAAGAACACUGUCCAACCAUCUCGUCCUCUGUCGUCCCCUUCUCCUUGUGCCCUCCAUCUUUCCCAGCAUCAGGCUCUUUUCCAGGGAGUCUUCUCUUCUCAUGAGGUGGCCAAAGUAUUGGAGCCUCAGCUUCAUGACCUGUCCUUCCAGUGAGCACUCAGGGCUGAUUUCCUUAAGAAUGGAUACGUUUGAUCUUAUUGCAGUCCAUGAAACUCUCAAGAGUCUCCUCCAGCACCAUAAUUCAAAAGCAUCAAUUCUUCGGCGAUCAGGCUUUUUUAUGGUCCAGCUCUCACUUCCAUACAUCACUACUGGGAAAACCAUGGCUUUAACUAUGCGGACCUUUGUUGGUAAGGUGAUGUCUCUGCUUAUUAAGAUGCUGUCUAGGUUUGCCAUCGCCUUUCUCCCAAGGAGCAGGCGUCUUUUAAUUUCGUGACUGCUGUCACCAUCUGCAGUGAUCAUAGAGCCCAAGAAAGUAAAAUCUCUCACUGCCUCCAUUUCUUCCCCUUCUAUUUGCCAGGAGGUGAUGGGCCCAAUGGCAUUUACUUUAUGGCAUUACUUGGGUCAAAUUCAUCUGUGGAAGUAGAAAGUCUGGUUUCUGCUAAAUGAGUAAUAUCAGACUACUUGCUGCAGUUUUGAACCUGAACCUGUAUUUCAGGGGUAGGAGGUUGUUUUUCAACCUGAGGGCUGCAUCCCUUUGUGGAAAAGCUUUUGGGGACCAUAUGCCAGUGGUGGGAGGUGCUGGAACCCACAUUGCGUGGAUUUAAUACCAAAAGUGUGCAGGGCCACCACCACUCUAUUUCUCUGAUAAACACACACAGGGGUGGUGCGUCCCAUUUUGCCUUGUGAGUUGAAACAGGAAGUGUCUGUGGAAAAGGGGCUGAGCCAGUUCUCCCUCCUCUGGCAAUCUCUGGCAGUCUAGUAAAAAGGUUUUGUAAGUACUGUGAACUUGUAUGCAUCUUUCCCUCUGACCUUUUUUAGAGCUCACUAUGAUGACACCGCUACCUACACCGCUGUGGCGACAAAUGUGCAUGGACAGGCAUCCACCAGUGCUGCUGUCGUCGUGAGGAGUAAGUAAGCUACAGAGACAGUCCAAAGAGAAAUACCCUCAAUGAAGCUUAAGUUGCCCGUGUCAGAACUGUUUGUCCCUUCCUUUCAGGGUUCAGAGGCGAUGAGGAGCCUUAUCCUGCUGGAGUUCUUCCUAUUACCUGUAAGUCCGCUUAGUAAUUUGAUGUAGUCGUAUGGGUGUCAGGAGUCUCCAUAGUACAUUUCCCCAGAAUCAUAAUAAAUUUUGCUUCAAGUCUGCUAUUGGGCACAAUUUAAGUUGGCAGUUUUAACCUAUACAGCUCUGACCAGCCUGGGGCCUGCCUAUCUUAGAAACACCUCAAUCUCAAUGAGCUCUUUGCACCGUUAGGAGAGGACUUCUUGUGGGUGCCAAAUAACAUUUGCUGGGGCUGUUGCGUGUCGAGGUCCCCAAGCCACCCCAAAUAAAACACAAUUCACACAUAAUUUUAGUUUAAGGGUUUUGGCAUAAUUUUGGCCACAACAUUAUUAAAAUACAAAAAAUGUGAGUGGUUGCUUAGGCAUUGGUUACGACUAUCUGACCCCGCAUGGGGACAGACUGACAUUUCGCACGACCGCGAAAGUCAGAAAGAGAGGACAUUUUGGGGAGAGCGAUGGAGAAGGGGACCUUCCCUCACCUCUCCCCAAAUGCUCCCAGGGGCUCUUGCGUGGCCCUAGCCCCUUGUCAGGGGUUCGGACAAAAGCAUGGCGAGCCCCUGGGUUCCUUUAACGGAAUUCCCUUGCAGCAGCAGCAUUAGAGGGGCAGGCACAGCCAAUCCAUGCCCCUCUACCAACCAAAUCCUAAAACCAAUGCCUAACCGCAACCUUACAAGUUGUGACGAUUUGCUAUGCAGUAGGCAAAAACCAAAUGGCACCAGCCAAUCAGCCAAAUGGACAAAAUUCCUACCGUGCCCCUGCCCCAAAAGCAGAUGACCCCAUGACAGGCAUAGCAAGGUCAGCAUGAACAAACCCUAAAUAUAGGGAGGCUGGGCGGGCAAUCCGAUGCGUGCAGCGAUGCGUGCAGCAGUGGGAGGGCAAUCCACUGCGCGCAGGGGUUUUAACAUUUCUAGCUGUCAAUCAGAAAAUGGCAACAUCAAAAUCUCCCCCACAACAAGGGGGGCCCAAUCACAACGGUGGCCAACUCAAUUUUACCCACCCAGUAACAGUGGGGUGUCCUGUAAGCUCCCACCGCAACACGUGCUCUCCAUUAAGGAGAACAUGCUAUAGCAGGACCUUCUAAGCCAAGGUUUCCCAAACUUGGGUCUCUAGCUGUUUUUGGACUACAUUUCCCAUCAUCCCUGACCACUGGGCCUGCUAGCUAGGGAUGAUAGGAGUUGUAGUCCAAAAACAGUUGGCGACCCAAGUUUGGGAAACCCUGUUCUAAGCAGUGCUCCUGGUCUGUGGAACUCCUUCCCAAAACAAGCUCACCAAAUGAUCAAUUCCUGAGGGAAAGUCUAAACUGUCCUAUGUUUGAUGCCUUGCUGGGGUUAUGCAUUUCUCUAUCUUGUUUUUUCUCCCUCUAUUACUGUAUUUCACGCUAGCUUCAUUCUUGUUUUGCUUACAGUGCCCAUGCCCCUGGACAUCUGCUUCUCCCAUUUUGAUGUUCAGUUCUUGGAGAGGUUUGGUGUCACCUUUGGUGUGGAAGGGGAAACGUUGACCCUCAGGUGUGAUCUGCUGAUCACACCAGAGCUGAAUCGCCUUCGACCUCGUGCUGAGUGGUACAGAGAUGGUAAGUUUUUCUUUCUUCAGGUGAAACAUGUGGCUGCUCUUAAAUGGCCGCUCACCUUUUUCUCAGGUGGGCGGUGGUUGCGGCCUUAAAGUUGUGGCCGUUUUAAAAUCCACAUUGUUGUUUGCUUGAGUUAUUUUAUCCCACUUCACUUUAGUCGCUGCCAGGGGAGGGGGCACUGCAACUGGGAACGCAGUUUUAUUUUGAAUUUUUCAAGGGGUAUAAUAUUGUGUGAUGUCAGUCAGAAACGUACUCUGUGGUUGUCCUUGGGUAGAUCCCUCAAGAGCACCAGACAUGUUGAUAGUGACUGCUAUCUCUCUGCAAAUCUUCAGUGUACUGUGAAUUAAUAGCAUUAGUCUAGAAAGCCAAUGGUAAAAGCCCUCUUGGGUAAGGGCGUUACUAAUGGACUGAUGAAUAUUUUUCUUUAAAAAGUACUGAUUUUUAGCACACUCAGCAUAGAUAAGUCUGGGUUUGCGUUCACUCCCUUGUACAAAUUGUUUCAUUUUUCUCAGUAUUAAAAUCUUUCCCUCCUCAUCUUUUUUCCCCUGAAUUAAUUAUACGAACGGAUAAGGUGGACUUCCGCAGUUUACUUCCUCUAAUUGGACUCAUGGGAAUUUUCUGCUUGCUCCAAAUUAUUAUAGUUUAAAGCAUUUAUUGGCUAUUAAACUCUGGGGAAUGAAGUAUGUAUAAAAAUCAGUUAAGUCAGAUCCUGUUUAUGAUUCACACAUUCUGGAAGUACAAAGAGACACAUUUCAGAUUUCUGCUGCUGAUUAACAUUACAGGAUUUCCAUUAUAAAAUACUUGGCAAAAGUAGGCUUGCCAUACAACAGGAAAAUUCACGACAUGUCCUGAUUUUGAGGUGUAAAAUUGGCAUCGUGGUUUUUAUACAGUAUAUGUUGGAAGCUGCCCAGAGUGGCUGGGGCAACCCAGUCAGAUGAGCGGGAUGUAAUAGCAAUAAUAAUAAUAAUAAUAAUAAUAAUAAUAAUAAUAAUAAUGUAAUAGGACAUCCCUAUUUUCAUUGGAGAAAUGUCAGAGGGUAUGGAUCCAGGAUAUGACCUACAACAUGCUUUCAGCCAAUGAUAUAUUGAGAUGGCCACUGGUUGUCACGGAAGCCAUGAAGUCCUCAGUUGGGACACUCAAGGUGGCCUUGGUAUGAAAGUUUUGUUUCCCAACACUACUCUGUGGGAGUUCUCCAACACCACCUCCUGGCCCCAGCACAAGGCACAAAUGACAUUACAAUCACUUAAUUGCAUAGGUGUUAAUUGCACAGUUAAUUGCACAGUUAAUUGCACAGUCUAAAAUAUUCUGACUUUUGAAAGUCGUCUGUGUAUUUCCAGACACAACUCGUGCAGAGAUCUAACAAGACCUUAUUGAUUAGACUAUAUCUGUAUAGAACAGUUCUCAGGAAGCUAAACAACCCCCUUGCCCUAAAAGUAGCCAAAUCAAUUAUUAAGGUAAGAGGUAAGAACUGGAAUCGGUGGGAUCUUCUUUAGCCAUGAUAAAAUAUUCUACACAUUUCAUUGCAUCAAUUGCACUAGUCAUACUGAUUAAUUUACAUUAAUUUUGAGUCACAACCUCUCACCUGUGAGAAAUUCAAACUUAAUUUGAUUCACUGCUCAGCAGGAAUGCCCUCAAGAUUUUAAAUUAAGUGUGUAUUUAUAGCAGACUUCAGAUUAAACUGAAAUCUGGCCUUAAGUCAUUUCCCCCCCUUCCAAUUUAAUCUGACACAUGCCUUGGAUAGAGAAGUUUAUUUAAAAGGAUCAAAAGUGCAUACACAGAGUGAUAACUCUUGAUUAGGUGUGUGCAAUCCAGCCAAAGUUAAGCAUAUUUAAAUCCCAUUGAUUUAUGUGGGAGAGCAAAGCCUGUGCUUAACUCGCUGCUGUUGAAAUCAAUAGGUCUUAAAAUACUUACCGUAACUUUGACUGGAUCGUUCCCUAGAUUAUGUUUUCAUGACACUGCUUCAAAAGGGUUCGUGGUUUUUUGGGUGAGGGGAAUGGGGUCCAGGUGAGAUGAUUUGUUUAAAAUGGCAGCGUUGAGACAUCUAGUCACCAGGUCUCUGAGGGACAGUCUUGAGUAGUGCAAAAAUAGAAUAUGCAUAUCUUUAUAUAAUUGGAGGUGGCAUGAAUUUGAAGGUUGACAGUUUGGUUCUUUAAAGAUAGAACUUUAAAAGAUACGGUGUAAAGUUUCUCCUGAAUACAUUUGCCCUAAAAUGACUAUCUCAAUGAUUCAGCACAGGUCAGAGUAGGAUCAGGGUCAGUCAGUCACUGCUAACCUGAUGAUAUGUGCAAAUCUGUUCCAGAUGUGCUUGUGAAAGAUUCCAAAUGGACAAAAACAUUCUUUGGAGAUGGCCGGGCAGCACUGUCCUUUACCCACCUGAACAAGGAUGACGAAGGCUUAUAUACGUUGCGUUUAGUUUCGAAAGGAGGAGUGAGUGAAUACAGUGCAUUUCUGUUUGUGAGAGGUAUGGUGUUCUUUGGUAUUGUUGUUGUUGUUGUUGUUUAGUCGUUUAGUCGUGUACGACUCUUCAUUACCCCAUGGACCAGAGCACGCCAGUCACUCCUGUCUUCCACUGCCUCCUGCAGCUUGGUCAAACUCAUGCUGGUAGCUUCGAGAACACUGUCCAACCAUCUCGUCCUCUGUUGUCCCCUUCUCCUUGUGCCCUCAAUCUUUCCCAACAUCAGGGUCUUUUCCAGGGGUCUUCUCUUCUCAUGAGGUAGCCAAAGUAUUGGAGCCUCAGCUUCAGGAUCUGUCCUUCCAGUGAGCACUCAGGGCUGAUUUCCUUAAGAAUGGAGAGGUUUGAUCUUCUUGCAGUCCAUGGGACUCUCAAGAGUCUCCUCCAGCACCAUAAUUCCAAAGCAUCAAUUAUUCAGCGAUCAGCCUUCUUUAUGGUCCAGCUCUCACUUCCAUACAUCACUACUUGGAAAACCAGAGCUUUAACUAUGCGGACCUUUGUUGGCAAGGUGUUAUUUGGUAUAUGGAACGAUUAUGCUUUGUUCUGCAUGUCUGAUCAUCAGAACUGGGAUUGGGGGGAGGUAGGCCACAACAGUCUAUCUUUACCAGAUGUCAUCACCAUGGGAAAUUAGGAAACAUGUCCCUUAGAGACACUCUCUUUCAGGGGUUAUGCUUGUUAUGGCUGACUAUCAUGCCAGAGCAUGGAUGCAACACUUGUGUGUCCACACCAUGGUGCUCGCAUGUACAGGAGAAUUCGAUUCAAUUCAUGUAAUGCCUGAGGGAGAAAAGAAAAAGGGGUUGCCUAAAUCAGAUGUGUAAAUGAAAAGGAGAGGAAUACAUUAAGAUAGAAUGAAGGUCACUAUUUGACCUCACAUUUGCGUUCACAAUUCCCCCUGGCAAGUCAGAAUAAGAUUAUGUGAGUCCAUAGAGGAAGGGGCUCCAUUUUAAAUUCCUUCUUUUAAAUGAGCACAUUUCUGUUAUGUGUAGCAUUAAAUACUUCGGGAGAAAUCCUCUGCUAUAAGCAGGCGAGCUACGCUGCAUUAUACUCUGUGACAGAAUAGCUCUGAUAAUAAACUUAUUUUCUUGCAAGUAUAAAUGAUUGCAGUAGAAUUUACUUCCAAGGAAGUUCACUCUGACUCCCAGCCUUAGAAAUACUGUGGGUUUUGGUUUUUUUACAUACAAAUCUUCUGUGCCAUUUGGUGUUGGGGGCAGGGCAAAGAUUUACCAUUUCUCUCUCUGAAACAAGUACCAAUGUCAUCUCAUAAAACUUCCUAGCUCUCCAUUUUCUGUUUUUGUUUUUCCCUUCACUGGAGCCAUACUUUUGUUUCUCCAGUAUAUUCUUUGCUCAUAAACUUACAUGGAAAAUUCCACCUCAGAGAAGACAAGAUGGCAGAAGGUGAAAGUUGAAUGUUCAUAGUGGCCAGCUCUGAUACAGGGAGAUGGAACCUGCGGCCCCCCAGACUCCAACUCCCAUCAUGCCUUGGCACUGGCUAUACUGAGGCUGAUGGGAGUUGGAGUCCAACAAGAUCUGGAGGUCAACAGAUUCUUGUUCUAAUACAUGCUCCCCAAUGAACGAAUCUCUGAACUAAGGGGGCUUCAGGGCAACGUGGGUGUUGAAGAUGUUUAUUUUCAUUUAAAAAAUAAUAAUUCCCAAAGAAAAGUGAACAUUAUUGAAAUUAAGACAGUUAUGAAAGGGCAGCCAAUCCACAUUUUGGGUAAGAAGCCCAACAUUGGUAAGAUAAAAAACAAUCUUGAGAGGAAAAUAUUCUCAAAGAGUCAGUAUUUCAACAGAUUAGCUAUAACAUCCAGAAUGAGCACUCACACUUUACACUGUGGGUGUCCUUUGUGGGAUUGCGCACAUUGUUACAGUUCCCAGGGAACUUCCUGGCAAACAGGGGCUGGUCUGCCUCUCAGUGUUAUUAUUUGGAGGUUUAUGCCCAGCCUCAGUAGUCAAGUUUCAUUGCUGGGAGCUGGGACCAGACCCAUUUAUAUAUAGGGGGUGGAGCCAACAGUAGCCAGGCAGUUGGCUCUGGAGAUUCACCCACCCUCCCCUCCCUUAGUUUAAUGUUUUCUUGUUUUCAGAUUAACUUUUUCUUCCUGUUUAGCGGGCACUGCUACGGUCUUUGACUGGUUGCUGUUGAGGGACCAGGAAGAAAUUUUCCUGCAUUGGCAGGUUUUGUCUUCCCCAUAGCAAUUCGUCACAACUUUGGUGGUUUAUGGCCUUGGGUGGAAUCCUUUAGUCUUUCCUUCCCUAUGGGGGGGGGCGUGAACUGGUGACUCACUCCCCUGCGGCGGUGAUUCCAGGGUCCCCUCUCAAAAGGGGUUUUAUAUAUAUAUAUAUAUAUGGGUGUCACUGGCCAUACACCGAAAGGUUGUCAGUGAACUACCCUGCGUGCGGGGGUAUGGGCUGGGCUUCCUGCAUACACAUACAUCUCGCAGUGCACCCCCAUAUCCCAUUUACCCUGAGGAGCCCCAGUUCCUCCGGCUGGGGGGCUGGGAGGGAUACAUGCCCAAGGCCUAAGCCAAGGUCUACAUCUGGAAGUUUAAUAAAGUUGUGGCCUAAUUUUAAUUCCAUAACACGUCAGAGUCUUUAGUCCUUCCUUAUGAUCCCUGGGGGCUGGGGCUGUCACGGCCUGGUCACGCAAACUGGAUAUUCUUUAAGGCCGAACCAUAGUGUCAUGUUGCUUUUUUGCAUACUCUUUCCUUAAUGCACACACAAUGUAUGUUCUGGAGGGACAUAUUUUCCUCUAUAUAAAAUCCCUUUAUACAGCUGGAUCUAUCAUGGCAUGAAAUGCCACUUCUUCCUUUUUUGCACGAAUGAUUUAUGACACAUAGCUUAUUGUCGCAAUGUCAGUUCCUCAGGUUUAGAGCUGAACUUCUUUUUAAAGCCACCAAAUUUAUGCCUCCCACCCCCCGGUUUAGUUUAAUUGAAACCCAGAAUCAUCAUCAUCAAGUUUAUUUUCCAAACAAUGCUCAAAGCAAUUCACAAGAAUAGGAAACAAAGCAAUAGGUAUAACAUAGUCAUAAAUAUCGCAAACACAUUUCAUAAAUAUGGUAAUUUAUAUCCACAUUAGCAAACUAACAGAAACAUUGCUCAUGGGUUUCAUAUACACGCACCCGCUGAGAAUAUCAACUGAAUUAUGGCUCAGAUGUCAUUAAAUCUACAUUUUUUGCUUGGUUUCAGAUGCUGAUGCCCUGGUAAUGGGGGCACCAGGAGCACCAAUGGAUGUGAAAUGUUAUGAUGCCAACAGAGAUUAUGUUAUUGUUACUUGGAAACCACCUAAUACAACCCAUGAAGCUCCAGUUAUUGGCUAUUUUGUGGACAGGUAUAUGUCUGGUGGGGUUGCUGUUUCUUUUGUACAUCAAACCCAUAAACAAUGAUUAAGGAGUGUAACACUGGUUUUUACUUGCUAUGGUGAAUUAAGAGCAGUAUCAUUCGGGUCUCUUUUAUUGCUCCUGUUUCUGUGUGGGGUUUAUGAUUUUGUCACCAAGUCUCCAGCCUCAGUUCCAGCCUUAUUUGAGCUGGGUCACACAAGCAGAUACAUGGGAUAGCCAUCUGGGAAAGCUCAGCAUGAAACUCUUAAUCUUAGGGUGCUAGUUCAAGCCCCACCUUGGGCAAAAAAUUCCUUCAUUGGACUAGUUGACCCAUGUGGUCUCUUCUAACUCUACAAUGCUAUGAUAAAUCACAUCUGAAUGUGUGUCAGCUCCAUGGACUCUUAUAAGUAUUUUACCACUACACUCCAUUAGUACCUUAACUUACAGCAGAACCCUGCUUUGCCACCCAAUGUUUCUAAAGUCACUGACCAGACUCCACAUUCAGCAUGGAUGUGUAUGGCAAGAAAUAACAUACAUGUCUUCAACAACCCUAAUAAACCACAUAAGAGGAAUUUUAUGCAUGGUUUUGCCAUUCCACUUUGUUUCACGUUCCUGGAGCAGUGUAGGAUCCUUGUCACAGAGAAGUAUCUUGUCUUCGGCAUUAGCUGGCUGUUACGAAAUGUUGGAAAGCUUUUUCUUCCCCUUGUCUUUUUGUCCCUUUCGAAAACCCAGAUGUGAAGUGGGUACUGAAAACUGGGUUCAGUGCAAUGAUGCUCCUGUUAAAAUCUGCAAAUAUCCAGUGACUGGGCUGUUUGAAGGGCGUUCCUACACAUUCCGUGUGAGGGCAGUCAACCAGGCUGGCAUCAGCAGGCCAUCUAGAAUCUCUGAAGCAGUGGCAGCUCUUGACCCAGUUGACUUGGAAAGAUUGCAAAGUAAGUAACAUGUGAACGAAAGAACUCUUCAGCAUUUAUUCAAGCUGCAACCUUACACAUAUUUACUAAGAGGUAUGUCCCACUGAUUUCAGAGGGACUUCUGCUUGUAUAAAAAUGUUGAGAAUUGCAUUGUAACCAAACUCUACAUACAUUAAACAUAAUAGAAACACCGCCACCCGACCCCACCCCCAUCCAUCUUAUCUCUCUCCACCCCCUUCUUUUUUCCUUUUUUUCUUCUCCCCCUAAUGCCUCAACAAAUGAAACGGAUUUGUAAAAAUGUUACAUGGGGGAAAAAAAUACGAGGCAUUACACUUACUUCUGUAAAACAAGAAAAUCCUUAAUAAAAUAGUUACUUCAUAAAGUAAAAAAAAAAAAGAAUUGCAUUGUAACUUAAUAUUUGAAAGGUGUUUUUUUUUUAAAAAAAAAGGAGAAGGAGAUUUUUUUUGUGGGGGAGUGGAGAGGUCUGUUCCACCUAUUAUCUUCACUAGAUAAGAAUAACACAAGGGAGCACCAACCUUGAUAUGCUUGGCUUUCUUGCUGUCAUAAUUAAAAGGUGCACUCUAUGAUCCAAAUGGGUUCCUUUUAUUUGUAUUAUUUCAACAUUCAAAAUUGAUUUUUCAGAUAUAGUACUCAACCCGUACAUCAGAAUAGUUUUCUACCACCAGUAAGCUCUUUCUCCUGCCUCUUCCCUCUGCAUCUUUAAAAGCCUUUGAAACUCCUCUUGAUUAUUUCAAGUGAAAAUAUAACUAAUCUGAUAUCAUUUGUAGAUUCCUCUAUGGAUGAUGCUUAACUCUUGCCCAGACAGCAAGGAGUGAUUUUCAUUUGUCUGGGGUUCUUAAAACAGCUUUUGUUCUGUUUAGUUUCUAUUUAACUUAUAACAAAGCAAUAACUAACAGGACAUGUUUAAUUUUGAAGAACUUUACCUCUGUUAUAAAUUGCUAGCUUCAAUCCCUUUUACAGUGAUUGCUUUCAUCAGUUAGACAAAGCUGAGGUCCUUAUAAAAAUGAUUUUUGCAACAAUCUAAUUCAACUUCAUCUUGCAAUUUAUGUAAGCUAUCUAAGGAGGUGCUCUUGAGUUCAAACCUGAGUACACAAGAAUUGCCUAAAUCAGGCAAAGUAGCCAUCUAUUUCUAACAGCAGGUAACCCAAUGUCUAUGGUAGACUAACAAACCAUCCAUGCUGAAGACAGGCAUUUCGUGUUGCUUGUCCUCCCAAAAUCUGAUAAUAAUAUGUGAUUCCAAUAUGAUGAUGAUAAUAUAUAACAUGGGAUUCUGUUCUUAGCUAUUAUGGCUUGUAAUCUGAUAGAAUUAUCUUCCAUUUCUCCCCCUAAGCUUUUUCAAAAAGACAUCUAACAGCAACACUACCACAAAAUCCAUAAACAACAUGAUGUUCUUUAAAGUACUUAAUUUUCAUUUCUUCUGAAUUAUUAAUUUGAUUGGAUGACCCCAAAGUCUCCUAUUUUAAGAGAGGCUAAGAUAUUUCCUAGUCAGAUCAUUACUUUCAUCUUUUUUAAAAACAACAAGGUAAGGUAAAGGACCCCUGGACGGUUAAGUCCAGUCAAAGGCGACUAUGGGGUGUGCUGCUCAUCUCUCAACAACAACAACAAUAUUACUUCAUUUUUGGUGGUGAUACCUCGUCAUCCCAGCCCCCAUCUGAAUCAAUAAAAUCAGACCAGUGGAGACAACAAUUGUAACCCUGAAUGAGAUUCCAGAUGUAAAAAAAUUCCACACUUCUGAGCGGUAUUAGCAAAUAGUGGUGCAUAAAAAUGAUGGUGGCUUUUGAAUAAAUGUAAUCUUUAGAAAAUGCAAAAGCAUUCAGAUAGCAUGCAGAGCUGAAUAAAAGAAUAAAUGUCUGUUUUGAUCUUCAGCUAUUCAUCUGGAAGGAGACAAACAGAUUGUAAUCUACCAAGAUGACCUUGAAGGUAUGUUCGUAAUUUGUGCCUUUGUACCUCUGCUCCCCUGCUGCCAUUUAUUUAGGAUUUUCUUGCCCCUGGUUGUCUUUCAGUUUUUCUCCGCUUGUCUUUGUGUGUUUCCCACCCAAUGAACUCUCAUUCCUCUUGCCUAUUUAAUGCAGAGCUAAAUAUAUGCACCUGUACACACAUAGACAAUAAUCUUGGGGGUGGAAAGCAGAAGAACCCGGCCUCUUGCAACACUGCAGCUCUGAAUAUUGAAGGAAGUAGGUUGCUGUUGCCCUGUGUACGUAAGCAAUUGCUGCACUAUCAGGCUACAUCUGUGACACCACUUCCACUAUCAUGGUUGCCCUCAAAGGAUCCUGGGAACUAAAGUUUGUGGUGGUGCUAAGUAUUCAUUUCCCCUGCCCCACCUGAACUAUAAUUCCAGGCUGUUAGAAUAGUUUAAGUCUGUCGAAUGAGUGUCAGUAUGCCUUCACAGAGCAGAUGUAUGGAAAGAUGGACCAGUUUAUUUCUAGUCCAUAAAACCAAUCACAUAAAUGUGGGUAGCAGCACUGAUAGACAAGGGGGGGGGGGAAUCCAAGGCGCUAGAAAUAGGGGUUUUCAUGAAUUUUUGUGGAGGGGAUCCUUCUUUCAGGGGCAUGUUUCUAGUAGCAAUUCUCAAAUACUAGGGAACCUCUAGUGACUGUAGCCCAUUUCACCUCCAUAUGUAUUCACUUCUAUUUCCACAUUAAUUUGUGUGAUUUCUUUUUUUAAAACUGCAUAAUUACAUACAUACAUACAUACAUACAUACAUAUAUAAACAUAUUUUUGAACAUGUUUUCUCUCAAAAUGCACACAUCUAAAUAUAUUUUAUCCCAACAUAUUUUUUUUGAGCUGAAAUUUUGCAAUAUUCAGAGAACUGUAAAAUCCAGUGUAUACCUAUAUUAUGAUCACACUAAUCUGGGAGAUACAGAUCAGGCCAGUUUAUACUGGAUUUUGCAAAUCUUGAAUUCUGCAAGUGUCCAAAGAUACCAACUCCUUUCUGCUUCUUUGACUGUGGAGCCUACAGGCAUAGAAAAAGUCUGGGACUUAACCAUUGCAGUUCUCAUUGGCAUGACUGGCAUAAACUGAAGCAGGGUUUUCACAACAGGGAUGCUAAAGGUCAGAGCACCUUCAUGCACUCAAAGGAAACCAUGGCCUGUGUGUCUUACAAUUUUUAAUAGGAGUCACUCUAGAAGUCUUCUCUCUGUGUGAUGGGGUCUUUCUUCCUGUUGGAUGUCUCAGGGGUUGGAUUCCAAAAGGAAGCGGGAGCUAUGGUCACAAUGCUUUGCUCGUGUGCUCAAGACAUCAAUUCUAUAAAACAUAUUUUGCUGCACUGUGUGAAAUAUGAGCAAGCCAGGGCUGAACUGAUAUUGCCCUUGCUGGUACCUUUCCCGGGAAAAUCAGAGGCUCACUAUGUCAGGUUCCUAUUGGAAGACCGGACAAACGUUAGAACAUUAGCACUGGCGAAGUUUUUAUCGGUGGUUGCAAGAACCAAUGAUUCCUAUCUUUAAGUCUGAACAAAAUGCUUAUUUAACCUGGAGGUAGGCUGUCUGAAUUGUGCAUUGCUUUGUAACGAUUUGCUGGGUCUCUGGACCGUAAUAAAGAUUGAUUGAUAUGGUCACAAUGAGGGGUGUGAUAUCUUUGCCCAGAAAAACAAAGGGGCAAAUGCAGUAGAAAUGGACAAACAGCCUUGCGUGUUUAUCCUUUGAGCAUUCCAUCUGGGUGUUGAUUCCCUCUGCCGCCCAUGACCCUAUAUUUUGGAAAUUCAAAAUAUGCAAUGCACCCUAAGUCCCUUUUCCCCAUCUCCAUUUCUGUGCAUGCAGAGGCAUGGAAACAGGAAAUGUGAUGACGUCGCAUCUUACCCUUUUCUUACUAGGCAUUGCAAGAGAAAGAUGAGGAAGGGUUUACUAUUUUUGGCAGCAUUCAGUCAUCUUUCCUAAAUUCUAGUUGCACCCUUCGGGACAAGAUAGGGAAUGAGGUGGGAACAAUAUCAGACACUUUUGCUGAGUUACAAGCAUGGAUUGGGCAAACUAAGGCAGUGUGGGCAGUCACUCUGAUCUCUGUCAUCUCUCAGUUUUCCCAAAUUAGGAAGUCUUAGAUUGUUGCUUGUUGGGAAUUUGAGGGCAAAGGUGAUUGGAGACUCAUUUCUCCAUUCCUAUGCUGUAUGUGUCAUUGGUUCUCGUUAUCAUUCCUGGUGUAGAAGAGAUAUUUAUUCCGUUACUCUGUGCUUUACCUGUACUGUUUUAUACUUAAUUGCUGUGAUCUUUCAUGCGAAUUUUCCUCCUUGCUCAUUUUUCAGGGGCGGAAGCUUUUGGGCUCCUGUCUUUGAUCAGCUCUGUCUCACAUCUGCAUAAAGCAUGAAGACUUUAUUAAGCCAUUUAGUACAGCAGAUUAAAGUGAUUCAAACGUGAUCAAAGUAGAACAAAGAUAUUGUGAGACGAAUACACAUGGAUUUUUUUUUUGUUCCCUCUUCAGAUUUUUGUGGGGUUUUUUUUAACACUGCCUGUGAAAAAUCAAUCCUUCCCUUUUAAUUGGCUUGCUUGGAUGUCUUAAAAUAGAAAUGAAGCAACUUUAAUAAACUGUAAAGCUGAUACUAUAGCCCUUAAUAGCCAAGCAAUGCACUCUAGCGAGGGAGUUCAGGAAGACAAGCUCUCAAAUAAGCGCUGACCUGGGAGGUUAAUCUGGCAUUUAACACUUACUGAGUUUAUUGCUCCUCUAGGCGAUGUUAAGAUUCCAGGACCUCCCACCAACGUACACGCUUCAGAAACCAGCAAAACAUAUGUCGUACUCAGCUGGGAUCCACCUGUUCCCCGUGGCAAAGAGCCAUUAUCAUAUUUCAUUGAGAAGGUACUGUGCCAUAUAGUUGCAUUCAGCUGUAAGGCAUUUCAUGGCCACAUACCCUUUCGUUUCAGAUAGUUUCCCCAGUUUCAGCAAGCAAAACAAUAGAAUUAGCAAACCAGUCUAGGCAAGAGGAAGAUGAAAAAGACCAGAAAAAUAUAAUGUUUUGGUACUUUGAUUUUUUUCCUCGUGGCCAACAGAAAAACACAAUGCAUUCAAAAUAAAGUGCUCUUUCAGGGCUUGGUUGGCCUGGUCUAGAUUGAGAACAAGUGAGAGUUGUAUUUGAUGGACCACUGAGAAACAGUGAAACCUUAGCCUUCCUGUUAGAAAGAGUUUGUGAGGAUGGGAAGUGCCUUGACUAACCACUUGCCCUGAGUGUUUCUGCUUCCCAAAGGAAAAUCAGCCAGUUGCUUUUCUUGGCAAGGUUUGGUGCCUGCUUUCCUAUUUUCAGUGAACAUACUCAGGAGAAAAGAGGAUCCCCUUAUGGCACAAUACUAAGUGCAAUAGGAAAAAAACCAGUUCAGGUGACUAGCAAGGCAAACUUUUAUAUAUAUUUACUCAGAAGUAAUCUCUAUUGAGUUCAGUGGGGCUUACUUCAAGGGAUGUGCAUAAACCUACUCAAUUCUUAAUAAUCACAAGGACAGUAAAACAGUAGCAAUACCACCGUUAUCAGGACUGAGCAAUGCUCACAAAGUAGUUCAUUCUCGGAUUGCUGCAAACAAUUUCCAGACUCUGGGAAACAAUAAUCCUGUUUGAGGAACAUCUGUUUUAAGAUGAUUAUUAUUAUUCACACACACACACACACACACACACGCAUGCACACGCAAACAAAAUCUCUCUGCUUUUAUAAUUCCCUUAUUGAUGACAGACUUCAAACAGACAAGCUCCUGCAAGGUAAAAGAAAAGGCUCACGUUACAUUCUAUUUGGCAUGAAUCCAUGCUUAGUGAUCCCAUAUUAGACAGAUAACGAACGGGAUAGUUGGCAGCUGACUAUCUGGAAACAAUAAGGAUUUGUGCUGACGGUUUAGUGAUCUAAGCAUUUCAAGGACCUUUUUCUACAACCUUUACAAAGUAGUGAUAAUCACACUCAUUUAUUUAUUUUCGAAUAGUCUGUGGUUGGCAGUGGAAGCUGGCAGAGGGUCAACGCUCAAGUGGCUGUGAGAUCUCCCCGCUAUGCAGUGUUUGACCUUGCUGAAGGGAAAUCAUAUGUUUUCCGAGUUUUGUCAGCAAACAAGCAUGGGAUCAGCGAUCCUUCUGAAAUAACACCUCCUAUUCAAGCACAAGAGGCCAUUGGUGAGUCGGUUUUAAAACGUUAAUAAAAAGUGAUAUUGGGGUGUUGUUGGCGCUGAAAAGUAGAAAGUUCUGCUAGCAAGUUCAAGACUGUGCAUACCGUGUAUAUGGCAAAAUUUAAAAGGUGAUUGUGAAUCCUGUGAGGCAACUCAUCAUUCUCUCAACCAAAAUCCAUAGUCAUGCCCAUGGACUGGAUAUUGCCUAGCAACUAGAGCUCUUCAAAUUAUAUUCUUCUGAUAAGGCAUAGAAAUUGAGGUCUGACUUCUUUCUUAUAGUAACACACACACACACACACACACAGAGAGAGAGAGAGAGAGAGAGAGAGAGAGAGAUGUCUAUCUCACCUUCCUACCUUUUUAAGAGGAGUUAUAUGACAAUUUAAUCAGCAUUGUUGUUUAGCAUUUGUAUAUUUGUAUCGGUGUUUCUGUCUACCAAACUAGAGUAAAAUUGUUGUAAUGCUAGUGGGGCAGGAUUCAGCUACAGUUAAGCACGGUUAAAGUUUCAAGCGAGAAGAAAUAAACACAUGAUUUACGAUGAGUGAAUUCUGCUUAUCUCUAUUUCCAACCAAGUCAGGAGAACAGUAUGAUGUUGUGGUUUUAACUAUGGUUUUCUUAUUGAAUCUUUGUUUUAUUUAGGCAGUGUUAGCUGUCUUGUGCUCCUGAUUGCAGGACGUGCCAGAUAUAAAAAAAUAACAAAUGCAUAAACAUGAGAAAACUCCUAAAUUUUGCAUCCAACACAGCCUUUAUGGGAUGAAAACACAUUCUCACAAUGCAGCUUCGGGUCUGUGGGUCAAGCGAAGGCAGCUUCAGUGAUGGUUGAGACAGCAGAUUGGCACCAGAUUGAUGGGAGCUACUACUCAGGAGGCGGGACCUGUUGCCAUGGUGCAGCUCCUUUCCUCUCAGUCUUCCCCAUGUAGAAGCAGAGCCAUCUUCCCUUCACGCUCAAAACAGUAGACAAAUGUUUCAAAUUUUCCCAUAAAUAUAUAUGCCUAGUUGGUGUGUGCCAGUCAUCGGAUACAUGCAUCAUCCUGUGCAUGUACUCUUUUAGUUAAAGGUAAAGGUACCCCUGACCAUUAGGUCCAGUAGUGGACGACUCUGGGGUUGUGGCGCUCAUCUCGCUAUAUUGGCCAAGGGAGCUGGCGUACAGCUUCUGGGUCAUGUGGCCAGCAUGACUAAGCCGCUUCUGGCGAACCAGAGCAGCGCACAUUUACCUUCCCACGAGAGCGGUACCUAUUUAACUACUUGCACUUUAAGUUGCUUUCGAACUGCUAGGUUGGCAGGAGCAGGGACCGAGCAACAGGAGCUCACCCCAUCGUGGGGAUUCAAACCGCCGACCUUCUAAUUGGCAAGCCCUAGGCUCUGUGGUUUAACCCACAGCACCACCCACGUCCACUCUCUUAGUUUCUCAGAUAAAGCAUUUGUCCAUAUAUUCUGUUUCCAUUGUGUGAUGUGUAGGGGAUCAAGUCAUUUCCCAUUUUGUUACAAGCAAUUGUGCCACAACCAAAAGAAAAGUAAUAAGUUCCUUGUGUCAUAAUUUAAUUUGGGUAUCUUUGAAGUUUGUUAAUAAACCUCGGUAUGGAUUACAUUGUACAUCCUGUUUUGAGAUUUUGCUUAUUUCUGUAAAUACCUUUCCCCGUGAAUAACUUUAAAGGUCACAUUUACAUGCUGUAUGCCUUUGAGACGUACCUGGUUUUUUUUGAUCUUGGAAGUUCCUGGGCCAAUUGAUUGCUCAGGAGCCAAGAUGUUCUUCUGCAAAUGAGUUUCCCAUUUUAAAAAGUUCUAGUGAAGUACAGCAAUCAAAGAUAAUUCCAUUGGGGUUAGGGGUUUAUAGUAAUCAACUUCUGAGCAUUUGUCAACAGUGGCUGCUGGGUUUGAUCACCCACUCUGAUUAGCAAAGACUGCAUAGGCACAAAAUUAGCAUGUAAACACAACAUAGGUCACUUCCAGACAGCCUGUUUAUUGAGCAUUUAUCCUAAUUUGCACAUGGAGAGAUUAGACUACACAGGCUACUUAAUGAACAUUCAUCCUGAUUCUUUUUUGUAGGAAAUUAGACCACAGUUUGUCAAGCAAGUGCUACCCCACACUAUUCAGUGCAUUUCCCCAUUACUUUCCUUACUGCAAAAAGUCUAACAUUUUGGGGAAGCAGGUUUGUUUUGAAAGAGCACUAGAUCUUUAAUUGUGCAGCCUGAAUUUCCUGGUAUGUGAUUGAAUCCCAUCCAAAAUAGAGAGUCUGUAAGCAUCCAUAGCCUCAUUUUGAAUUCCAAGAACAGUACAAAUUUUAGGACAAAGAAUCUCUCUUUGGAAGCUGAGAGGGUACCUUGAACGCAUUAUUUCCAGACAUUGGCAUCAUCACACUUUCCCAUUAAAAUUGCUAGGACUGAAAAGUGCUUAGCUUUGGGCUGUAUUGCAUUGGUAUUGUGCUGGUUCGGCAACUGGGAUAUUGUGUGCUAAGUAGUUAUUUGUUGGUGUACCAAGAGCUGGCGAGUAAGCUGGCUAUAUGUUGAUAUGCAAAUAAGUUACAAACGAAGCCUUCUCUUCUUGUGGCACAGUUGUUCCUUCUGCUCCGGGACGUAUAGUGGCAACAAGAAACACAAAAACCUCUGUUGUUGUCCAGUGGGACAAGCCAAAACAUGAAGAAGACCUGUUUGGCUACUACAUUGACUGUUCUGUGGCAGGAUCGAAUCACUGGGAACCUUGUAACCAUAAGCCCAUAGGCUAUAACAGGUAAAGGGAAUUGUGAUGGUUUGAUUUAUUACCUUUCUUAAAAAAUCUGCCCUUUGGUCAAACAACUUCAGAGCCUUACAUGAAUUUUGGAUGGACAUUGACUAGGUUCAGAGCUUCUUAGCUUCAGCUACCUUCAAAUUACAGUGGUUAAGUACUUAAUUCGUUCCGGAGGUCUGCUCUUAACCUGAAACUGUUCUUAACUUGAAGCACCACUUUAGCUAAUGGGGUCUCCCGCUGCCGCCGCGCCGCCGGAGUACGAUUUCUGUUCUCAUCCUGAAGCAAAGUUCUUAACCCAAGGUACUAUUUCUGGGUUAGCGGAGUAUGUAACCUGAAGCGUAUGUAACCCAAGGUACCACUGUAUUCUCUAGAUACCAAACUCUUCAUUUCCCCAUUAAUUUGAUGCUUAAUAAUAUAAGUGCUUUUUCUGGGAGUACUCAAGCACCAUUUUUCAAGAAGAAAAGCACUGAAUAUACCAUACAAGUGGUUAUUGUUGUAAUUAUUGUUACUUAACUGCAUUUAUUGCCUCCUUUUAACCAUUAGGCCCUAGGGCAUAUAAUAUAAAUACCUCAAGUGCCAAAAGCAAAGAGAUCUGUCUUUGGCAUAUGAUGGAAACUUUGGAAUGAAGGUCCCAAAUGCAUCAUGUGAGGUUGGGAAUUCCACAAUUUAAGGGCUGCCCCAGAGAAUGCCCUCUCCUGGUCCACCGGCCCCUGAACCGCUGAGGGCACAGGAACUAUGAAGAGGGCUAGAAUCAAAUGUGUACAUCUUUCCCAACUCGUUUGAAGGGAGAUGUUGCAGAAAUUAUAUUCAACAAUGCGUCAAAUUUGCUCACAUAGAACAUACUUUUGAUGAGAGCCAGUGUGGUGUGGUGGUUAAGAGCGAUAGUCUCGUAAUCUGGUGAACUGGGUUCGCGUCUCCGCUCCUCCACAUGCAGCUGCUGGGUGACCUCGGGCUAGUCACACUUCUCUGAAGUCUCUCAGCCCCACUCACCUCGCAGUGUGUUUGUUGUGGGGGAGGAAAGGAAAGGAGAAUGGUAGCCGCUUUGAGAUUCCUUCGGGUAGUGAUAAAGUGUGAUAUCAGAUCCAAAUAUAGGUCAGGAAUUCUCAUUAUGUAAUAUAGUCCACGUAUACAUCUUUCCAUUCAAUCCCUGUAACAGCCUCCAUCCUCAUUUCUUUCAGAUUUGCUGUGCAUGGCUUAGCAACAGGAGAGAAAUACGUCUUUCGUGUGAAGGCUGCAAAUGCAGUGGGAAUGAGUGAAAAUUCUCAGGAGUCUGAACCUAUAACAGUACAAGCAGCCCUCAGUAAGUGAUGUUUUGUAAUGAUCUAGAUUCAGUAACAGCAACAAAAACACACUGAGAACUCUUUUGUGCUCACAAGUGUCACAGGGCUGGCAUAUGUGUUACCUGAUCCAAGCGGUGAGCCAUCUCCCUGCAGUGACUCUGUCAUGUGCUGUAUAACAUGUAGCACACUGCUUCAUGUCCCAAUAGCAUGGGACUGUUUCACAUUAUCAGAAGUUUCCCUGUGAGGAAUGGCAUGGCACAUUCCAGUAGGAUGUGGGGAGUCACAGCAAUAUAGGACAACCCUUGUUAGCUUGGCUCAUUAAAGGAAUUUAGUUGCUGAAGAAGAAGGGUAAGGGUAAGGGUAAAGGUAAAGGUAAAGGUAAAGGUAAAGGUAAAGGUACCAAUGACCAUGAGGUUUGCACGCUCAUCUCACUCUAUAGGCCAAGGGAGGCGGCGUUUGUCCACAGACAGCUUCCGGGUCAUGUGGCCAGCAUGACUAAGCUGCUUUUGGUGAACCAGAGCAGCACACGGAAACGCCAUUUACCUUCCCACCAGAGUGGUACCUAUUUAUCUACUUGCACUUUGACCUGCUUUCGAACUGCUAGGUGGGCAGGAGCUGGGACUGAACAACGGGAGCUCACCCCGUCACAGGGAUUCGAACUGCCAACCUUCCAAUUGGCAAGCCCUAGGCUCAGUGGUUUAGUCCACAGCACCACCUGCAUUCUGAACAAUCUAAUCUUUGGGGUCUUUAGGACAUUAGGAAGAUGAUUAACUUAGCUGUUUUAUGUUAAUGCUGUUGCAAGGGAACAUGGAAGAGCAUUACUGAGGGAUGAUGGGAAAUAAUGCCUUAGUUAAGCCUUUCUUUACCUAUAAUGUGUUUAAGGUAGACCCCAAUGAGCACUAUGAGACUUGCUUCUGAGUAGACAUGCAUAGGAUUAUGUAUAUUCUUAAAUUUGUUAGCUGAGUCUAAAACCAUUAUUUCACCAUAACGUAACUGAUAGAUAGAAAAGAAGCAAUUUAGUAUUAUGCGAGAUGUUCAAUUUGGACGUUGUUAUAAUGUUUCAUGCGCUUGAUUUCUUUAAGCCUGCCCCUCCUUUCCUUAUGGUCUCACACUUCUCAACUGUGAUGGUCACUCAAUGACCAUUGGCUGGAAGCUUCCACGAUUCAGUGGUGGGUCAAAUAUUCUGGGUUAUUACAUAGACAAACGAGAGCUACAUCAUCACAACUGGCAUGAAGUCAACUCUUCUCUUAUUAAAGAGAGGAUUUAUACGGUCAGUAUUGCUUUCAAACUUUGAUAUUUAGACUUAAUAUCACUUUAUUUUUAAGAUGUAAUUUUGGCUGUGAUGAAACCAUUCCAAAAUAUGGCCUGGAAGAGAAGAAACAGUAGCACAUAUUGUCUGUAUGGGCACGUUGUGCAGUUGCAUGCAGUGGAUAAGAUGAUGAUGAUGAUGAUGAUGAUAAUAAUAAUAAUAAUUUUUUUAUUAUUAUUUAUACCCCACCCAUCUGGCUGGGUUUUCCCUCCCUUCCUCUUGCAUUGAGACAAUGCUUCUAUAGUGGUCUAUUCAUGCUGGCAUAAAGGAAAAGACAAGUUCAGAACAGGAUGAGACUGUGAUGCUGUUUGCACAUACAGUGGUAUCUCAGGUUACAAAUGCUUCAGGUUACAGACGCUUCAGGUUACAGACUCUGCUAACCCAGAAAUAGUACCUUGGGUUAAGAACUUUGCUUCAGGAUGAGAACAGAAAUUGCGCGGCGGUGGCAACAGCGCAGCAGCAGCAGGAGGCCCCAUUAGCUAAAGUGGUACCUCAGGUUAAGAACAGUUUCAGGUUAAGAACGGACCUCCAGAACGAAUUAAGUUCUUAACCAGAGGUAUCACUGUAACAGUAAGCCAUAGUCAGAAAUAAACCAUAGUUUACCAUGAACAAGCAGUGUGCUGGUGCAUGCCUGUCAAUCACUUCUGUUCCGCUUCGCCCCGCCUGCUUUCAGGAGAAACACAAGGACAAGUCUUGCCUUAGUGGUACAUGCCAACUAGGGUCUGUUUUACUCCAAACAACCACCAGCAUGAGCUAAGAUCUGCUCAUGAUUUAUUGCUCAUGUUGGAUUGGGAGAAACAAACUGCAAGUGUUGGUUUGCAUGUAUAGAUAAGCCCAGCCUUGUGCUUUGUUUCUCCUGGAAGUCAGAAGACAGGAUGCAACAAUUGACCAGCAUGUUUGAGCUGUGGUUGAUUUCUAGCUACAACUUACUGUUACUUGUUGCUGAUUGAUGAAUGAUUCUUGACAGUAGCUUAUUUCAUCUGUUAUCUAUUGCCAACAAAAUCUCAUGUUAUAAAAAGACAGCCAUUAAAAGUCCCACAGGACAGUUUCCCAUUAGAAAUUUUAUUUUAAACAGACCAGCCAUUGCUUCUCUUUUGGAACCUGUCCAUAUUUAAAUAGCUAAAGAGCUCUCCUCCCAAUUUUUUCAUUUUAAAUUAACUUGGUUAUUUAGCUUAAAUCACUUCGGAAGUUAACUCCAAAUAAAUGAGAAGAUUUUGAAUGUCUUACUUCUAUUAAGAAGGUCAUGUGAAUAUUACCCAUGUUAAAUUUGUUUUUAAUGUCAACUGUUCUGCAAAGGUAGAGGAUUUGACAGAAAACGCCUACUAUGAAUUCAAAAUUGCUGCCGCAAAUAUCGCCGGCAUAGGGCAGGCAUCUGAACCCAGCGAGCAUUUCAAAUGUGAGGCUUGGACAAUGCCAGAACCUGGUAAGUAGUUUGGCCAUUCAUAAAGGGAAUGCAUUUUUGAAAAUGAGUGACAGUUCAAACGUUAUCACUUGACAAUGGCAGUCGUAAUUUAAUAUGUUUGACUUUUAAGCACAGUACUCCAGUUUGUCAUAAGAAGAGGUUUUCACAGUUUAUCAGGGGAAAGCAAUACAAGGCCUGUGGGAGCCAGUGUGGUGUAGUGGUUAAGAGCGGUGGACUCGUAAUCUGGAGAACCGGGUUCGAUUCCCGGCUCCUCCACAUGCAGCUGCUGGGUGACCUUGGGCUAGUCACACUUCUCUGAAGUCUCUCAGCCUCACUCACCUCACAGAGUGUUUGUUGUGAGGGAGGAAGGGAAAGGAGAUUGUUAGCCGCUUUGAGACUCCUUAGGGUAGUGAUAAAGCGGGAUAUCAAAUCCAAACUCUUCUUCUUCUUCUGUGGGCUGUAGUGGCACCCUCCCUGUGGAACGCCCUCCCACCAGAUGUCAAAGAGAAAAAUAACUACCAAACUUUUAGAAGACAUCUAAAGGCAGCCCUGUUUAGGGGUUUAAUAGGUUAUUGUAUUUUAGUGUUUUGUUGGAAGCUGCCCAGAGUGGCUGGAAAAACCCAGCCAGAUGGGCGGGGUAUAAAUAAUAAAUUAUUAUUAGUAGUAGUAGUACUAUGCCACAUACGUGGCAUCACAUGGCAACACACAACCCAACAUGGCACACACAUGACAUCACAUGGUGUGAGGGGCCCCGUCAGAGCUUCCAGUGGCUGCGUCGAGCCCCGUCAGGCCUUGGGGUUCUAUGUGACAUCACACAUGUGACACCAUAGGGCACCCGGCUGGGCACCCACUGUGAAACUUUUGUGGGUGCAUUGGCACCCAGGGCCCCCUAGAGAUGGCACCUAUGUUCCCUUCCAUUUUGUGAAUCAACUGUGGUUAGUUCAUCAGUGGAGAGAAUAUUGUCAGAAGUGUGCUCAAUUACUGGUGGGUGAGUGGCCCCAAUCUUUCUUUAGAUGAACUCAGAAAUGAUAUGCAAUCUUUUUAAAAAAAUCAAUCAAUUAAAAGAUCUCAGUUUGUUUCUGAAAGUCAAUCUGAGGACUCGGAAAAAUGCCCUCAUACUAUCCCUGUCAGUCCCCCCCCCCCAAAAAAAGCCUUCUUACCCACUGAAACACCAUUACUCCUUCCCUUAUUUGUCAAAUAGUGAGGGAAGCAGCAACAAUGGCGGCACGUAAGGAGUCCUUCCAAGGUCUCCUUUCUCUUCCCAUCUAUAUUCCUCUGACACUUGGCCUAACAGAGAAUCAGGGCCCAAGUGCUCAGGAAAAUGAUCAUUCUGCCAAGGGUUUCUGCAUUUGCAACAAAAACAACAAAAGUAUUCAAAAAAUGACCCAAAUUUUCCUAUCUCCAUUCCUGGAAACUUUCCAAGUUCUUCCAAGGUGAGCUUCAGAUAGCUUGCCCAGCUCUCUAAUUAAUCAAAGCAAACAGAAGAUUCUAGGUAAUGUUGUUUGUCUGUUUCAUUUGAAGGGAAUACAUCUUCAGCCUCAAGCUUUUGAUCAUAAAUAGAUUCCAAUCUCAAGAAAGUGACUAUAAUCAUGCUGAGAGAAAAAGGGAAUCACUAUUUACUUCUUUGAGUCCUUUCUAUAACCUUCCACUUUGGAUUAUUGCCUCUGCACAUGUUUGCAGAAUUUCAGGCUAGUCUCUUCGUCUUUAAUAGACACAUCUAGAAGCAGGAAAAUGAUGGGCUUGUCCUGCAUUAUUUGAAUAAAGCAGUUUGAAUUACAUUGGGAAAUUGUGGCACAAACCUGCUGCGGUUCUUUUUAUAUGAGAGUAUUUUAAUAUUUGGGUAUAUAAAUAUUAAUGUGGUAAGCUGCGUUGCACUGGAACUCUCAAUGACAGCUAUAGAAAAAUAAAUCAUGAAGUAAAGAUUCAGCCUCUCAACAUAGAAAGGCAUGAAUAAGGCACCUGCUUAUAGCUGGAUUCGAGGGAAAUAUCAUUACAUUCCUUGAAUUUUUCUCUAGCCUUCCACUUCAUGCCUUUUUGUUGUUGUUCCAUUACCAUGAAAAGUACUUCCUCACAAAACACAAGCAGAUUGAUACAAACCCUUUGCAACAGAAAUUCAAACACUACUUGCUGCCUUGAAGGACUUCAGUGGCGAAUACUAGUUUCCAUUUUGUGCAUGCUAUUCAUGUGGAAACAGUAAAAUCAAUAUAAGUGUUAAUGAAAUCAUUUGUAUUCGGUGACAAAGUUAGUUCUAAGCUCAGUGGAGCAGGUUGGCACAUCAGAACAGUAAUAAAUUAAAACUGUAUUUAAAGGAAGCAUUUGUGCAUGCACACACACACACAAAAUACUGUUUGAACACAUGGAAUCUCCCAUUGAAAUGCCUUUUACCUCAGAUUGAAACUACUAAAUUCCAUUUAGCAAUCUAUGCUCUUGAAUUCUAAUGUAUCACUCUUGUACAGGCAAACAGGGGAUGAACCUGUUUGCUAGGUGGUAAUUACGACUGGACUGACAUUUCUCAGUAAAGAGUUUUCUGACAAAUGUUUGGAAAAUGCUCUUCUUUUCAGCUCCUCCUGAACAGUCAGGAAAUUUCAGGUCCCCCCUAGAGAACAUUCAAUGAAAUGGCCUCUCCAGUUUUGCCAUCUGUGAAUUUUGGCUGAACUGUGGAUCCAAUUCUGACAUAAUUUAAUAUUGUUGAAGGAAGCAAUGGGCUUUGUUCCUACUCCUUCCAGGCCUGCUCUUUUAACUUGUUGCUAAGAGAAUUUUUUUCCUUCCAAUUUUCAGUUCUCAACAUUUCCACAUUAAUUUGUGAUUCUUUUUUUUUAAAGUCCCCAUGAAAUUUCAGCAGCGUCCUAGUGCAAAUUUCUCUCAAUAGACACAUUUGUAUGUAAUUUUAUUUAUUUAUAAAAUUAUUUGUAUACUACUAUAUCAUUAAGAAUAUGUCAAAGCAGUUUACAGCAAUAGAAACAAAACCAACAACAACAAAAAAACCUAUUAAAGAGUGAAAAACAGACAUCAACUAACCAUUGUGGAUAUACAAAUUUUUGCAAAGCAAUUCACCCUAAUAUAAUACAUUUCGGCAUGUUAUUUUCACCAAUAUAUGCAUUUUUAUGCAUAUGUUUAAAAGUGCUAAUGAGUGAAGUUUGCCUUUAAAUGUGAACUGAAGUGACUUUCUCCCUCAUUUCUCUUGUUGACAUCCAUUUAUGAUCCAUCUUCUUUAGGCCCUCCCUACGAUCUUACGUUUUGUGAGGUUAGGGAUACAUCCCUUGUGAUUCUCUGGAAAGCGCCUGUUUACAUUGGCAGCAGCCCUGUUAGUGGAUAUUUUGUGGACUACAAGGAGGAGGAAGGAGAAGAAUGGUUCACAUUCAACGAGAAGCCAACAUCACACCGUUAUCAAAAGGUAGAAAAUCUUAGAGUUGGAAGGGACCCCCGGGUCAUCUAGUCCAACCCCCUGCACUGCAGGAAUCUCAACUAAAGCGUCCAUGACAGAUAGCCACCCAACCUCUACUUAAACACCUCCAACGAAGGAGAGUAAAGGUAAAGGUAAAGGUAAAGGGACCCCUGACCAUUAGGUCCAGUUGUGGCCGACUCUAGGGUUGCGGCGCUCAUCUCGCUUUAUUGGCUGAGGGAGCCGGCGUACAGCUUCCGGGUCAUGUGGCCAGCAUGACUAAGCCGCUUCUGGCGAACCAGAGCAGCACACGGAAACGCCGUUUACCUUCCCGCCGGAGCGGUACCUAUUUAUCUACUUGCACUUUGACGUGCUGUUGAACUGCUAGGUUGGCAGGAGCAGGGACCGAGCAACAGGAGCUCACCCCGUUGUGGGGAUUCGAACCGCCGACCUUCUGAUCGGCAAGUCCUAGGCUCUGUGGUUUAACCCACAGCAACACCCGCGUCCCUUAGGAAGGAAAGUACUUGGAAGUUAUUUGCUGUGGUAUUUGGGAUGUUGUCACUUCUAAUUCCCUCCCAUCUUUUUGUUAGUAGAAAGCACUUCAUUGUCUGUAUUUUUUUUAAGGUCACCGAAUUACAUGAGGGCAGAUCUUACGUAUUUCGUAUUCGUCCGGUGAAUGAUGCUGGUGUAGGCAAGCCCUCGGAUGUUUCUGAAGCUGUGCUGGUCCAGGCUAGACCAGGUAUGAAGACAUGAUAUUGACCACUAUACUUCUAAAAUGCCCAAAUAUCUACAAUGCGGGGUAACUUUUUAAACCCUGGAAGGGGUAGAUGUGUUUAUUUUCCUAUCUGACUAUAAAGCCAAAGGGUUGAGACCCAAAGAGGUCAAAGUGCACCCCUAAAGCCAUUUUUGCUUCUUACUGAAACCCUGCGUUUUAUGUUGGUUUCUACUUUCAUGGGCACACUGAAACCACCUCCCAAUUCUAACCCUGUCCUGUCUCUGAAACUUCACUGUGUGAGAAUGCUAGAUGGUAUAAUAAUAUCUCUGCAACGGCCCCAUUUCCCCACUGUUGCGAGCUCUUAAAAUAAACUUGUUUGCUCUCUCUGUUUGUAAGCUGCUUCUUCCCUCUGGCUUCAGCAGCAAAUUGAACUAAUUAAAGGAACAUUCCAGACUUUAAGACUCUCUUAAUUGAAUCAACAUUCAUCCCCUCCAUACAGAACCCAUACAUCCCCUUAAUAAUUACAUUUCUCAUGGCAAUCAUAUAUUGCAGACACUAAGGAAAUCAGUGCAGGUGUGGAUGAAGAAGGCAAUAUUUACCUUGCCUUUGACUGCAAAGAAAUUUCAGAUGCUUCUCAUUUUGCUUGGAGUAAAUUCUAUGAAGAGAUAGAAGAUCAUGAUAAAUAUAAAGUUGAAACAGUUGGAGAACAGUAAGUUCUACAGUUGUUUUAAAGAAGUCUUUGAAAAUCGGGAUACUUUUAGCAAACAAGUAGUCACCUGUCUUUUUUGCACUUUAUUUUUUAGUUCUAAACUUUAUUUUAUGAAACCUGACAAGGAUGAUUUGGGAACCUAUGCUGUUGCUGUUAGCGAUACUGAUGGUAUUUCAUCCAGUUUUAUUAUGGAUGAAGAAGGUAAGAAAAUAAUCUUGUAUUCUUUAUAGGGCAUGGCAGAGUUAUAUAAAGCUAAACAGGGAACUUUAUUAACCCCCAAAUCAAAUGUAUGCAUCUCACCCUUCAUUGUUUCUAUGCCAAAGAGGACAUGAAACUUUUAUAGCCAUUAAAUUUUUUUAAGGAAAGACAUUUUUUUGAAUUUUCAGAUUCUAGAAUUUGGCUUUUUUAAAACAACAACAAUAACAAGAAACGUUUGAUAUAAUUAAAUACUGCUUAAGCAAUAGAAAAGUCAAUAGAGAUAUAUCAUUUUCCAGCUCUACUACUACUUUGAUUGUUAAUUAUUUGACUUGAUGGUCACUUGGUACACUAAGGUCUCCAAGCAACUUACAACAUAUUAAAAAACAUAAAUAUAAAUACAUUAUAUCAUAAAAACGGGGGGGGGGGACAGACUAACCCCAUAACAACCACAAUAAGCUUGGCAGCACAUUAGGAACAAAACAGCAUCAUCUCACAUCUCAGUCUUUCAAAAGCCUGGGGGAAAAUGAUAACCUGACGCCAAAAAGAUGUCAAAAAAGGUAGACCUUGCUUGGGGAGAACACUCCACAGAUAGGGUGCCACAACUGAAAAGACCCUUGUUACAACCCUCUGAGCUUCCCUCAGAGAGGGGAGCUUGAAAAGGGCCUCAGAAGACGAUCUAAGUGUCCAGUUAGGUUUAAAUGUGGAGAGGCAUUCCAGAAGAUAUUGGGGUCCUAAGCCAUAAAGAGCUUUAUAGAUCAAAGCCAGGACUUUGAAUUGGGCUCAGAAGCAUACAGGCAGCCAGUGUAGUUGUAACAAGAUUGCCAUUGUAUGAUCCUUGAACCUCUCAAUAGUUGGGUAGCUGUAUUAUGCACUAACUGAAGCUUCCGAACUGUUUUCGAAGCAAUAGUUUAACUUGGAGGUUUUCAGAGCAUAGAUUACUAUCUAUGUUAUCCCUGUCCAAAUAGUUGGGUCACCAGCCUAAGCUUAUGGAAGACACUCUGCACCGUCAAGAGCACCAGUAACUCAAGAGCCACAAUACUAUAACUAUUUACUAUUAUUUUUUUAGCAUCAGGUCCAAAUCAAAAGUUCAGCCAAGUUCGGUUUAUAGCCAACAAACAAAACAAAACAAACAAGCAAACAGAUUUUAACAGACAAGCAAAGAUGAUGAAAACAUCAUAAUAAAACACAUGUAAUGAAAGACUUGUAACACAUAAAACAUAUCUACACAUGUGGCAUAUGUCUCAGGUUGCAAGGCAAGACGUAUAGUAAUAAUAAUAAUAAUUUAUAUAGGCUUAUUUCUGGAUACAAUUCCAAGGUGCCCAGUCCUUAUUGAUCAUAUUACAUUUAUAUUACAUUUAUCCCACAAGCUCUAGGAUUCAUGUUUCCCCACAAACUAGGAAACCGUUGAAAUGAAUGGGCCUUAGAUGCAUGUAAUACAUUUUAGAAAUGAGAUAGAACUAUCUGUUGGGUUUCCUUGAUGUUUCACUUGCUAAUUUUGCCUUUUCUUUGUUACUUGCAAAUUUGCACAUUGUGCAAUUAGUUCCAUUUUCUGAGCUCUCAUUAGCAAUUCUAAUGUGUUAAGUAGGGCUAAUCUCUGUAUCCAGCUAUGUAGAACCUAGCCUUUUGCACAAUUUCUAUGAGGAUUUAUUGACAUUUGCUGUGUAUCUUUGUAAACAUUUCCUGUCCACCAGCUUUCAUUCUCUUUUGCAAACGCUGAAAGGAGACCCUUUCAAAAGGAGACACCAGGGAACAGGGUCAGCUCAGCAGAGAAAUGAGAGACGUAGAUGUUGGAUUAGGGCUGGCCCAAGACAAUUUUCAUCCAGAGGUGGAACCGCAAAUGCCCUUUCUUCAUUGUACCCAAAGUGCAUCUUAACAAAGGGCAGUCGUGUUAUUUUGGCACAUCUCAUAAGCACCCUUCCCUGGCAGUAAACACAACACUAGUAAUUUAAAUAACCACCAAUCUCUUGCCCUUUCAUGACACUCCAAAUCGGCUGCCUAAGGUGGCAGUCUCACUCAGCCCCUGGGUCUGCUUGUUUUGGACAUUUUACCUUUUGCUUUUAGUAUAUUUCAUUCUGAACUUAGAAAUGUAGAAAGCCGUCUUAAACCAUGUCAGACCUUUGGUCUAUCUAGAUCGGUAUUCUUGACACUGACAGGCAGCAGAGCUCCAGGGCUGGAUAGCUCAGUUGGUAGAGCAUGAGACUCUCAUCUUAAGGUUGUGGGUUCGAGCCCCACAUUGGGCAAAAUAUUGCAGAGGGUUGGACUAGAUGACCCUCGUGGUCCCUUCCAACUCUACAAUUCUGCAAUAAUUCUAUAAUUUCGGAAAGGGGUCUCCCCAAGUCUGUCUUGGAGAUGACAGGGAUUGAACCUGGGACAUUCUGCAUGAGGUAUACGGCCCUUUUCAAACUCUCUGUCUAUUCUCAUAUUCUUUCAUUUUCAAAAGUUGACUUUUCAUAGGUAUCUUCUUCACCGAAAUGGAAAAAAAAAAGAUUAUUAGUGCUUUAUGGAGUCAUAUACUGUUCUUAACAUUUAUUUUGACUGUCAGAAUAAAUUAAAACAUGAAAAUUGUCCUUCAUUUCAGAGCUUGAACGUCUGAUGACACUAAGCCAUGAAAUCAGAAAUCCAAGUAAGUAGGACUUCUGAAUCUAAUAUUCAGUCCCAGAAGGAAUAUAUUUACACUCCGUUGAUUGGAGUAAAGUAAUGAAAAGUGUUUUUUUUUUAAAUAGAGCAGCUUGCUUAUCCUUCUAUUAAUUAAAUGCAAAUAUUAGUUUCUGUUUAAGAGAGAUCUUCUUCACCACUGCAAACGUAUUUGGAUGAAUGGAUUCAGCUUGGAUAUGUCUAAUAUUUGCUGGAUUAUGUAUUUAAAAGCCCUAAAUAUUGCAAUAAAUAUGCACUUCAGCUUGUGCUCUGACUCAUGCAAAACCAGCUUUAAUACACAUCUGUGCAAAUACCAUGGAGGGGUUCCAUUUAGCUUUCAUAACAUUUCACUUGUUUGUUGCUGAAGACUCUCAAAAGCUUUAAACUGCUGGGACUUAUCUUUGGCUAAGUUAUUCCAAAGCAGAAAAGAAAGGAAAGAGGGGAAAAAAUCCUUCAUGUGUUUGCUUUUGUGCUCUGCUCUUUCCCUCCAGCAAUCCCUCUGAAGUCUGAAUUAACCUAUGAGGUUUUGGACAGAGGCCAAGUUCGUUUCUGGCUUCAGGCUGAGAGCAUUUCAGCUGAUGCCAGCUAUAGAUUUGUAAUCAAUGACAGUGAAGUUGUCAACAGUGAUGUAAGUACAUGCCUGGGAAGAUGUAGUGCCAGAUUCUUUGUAGGACGAGUACAUAGACCUGGUGAAGGGACUUUUUCUUUCUUUUUUAAUGUCAUUUCUCCAUAUGUACAGCUGUGAGAUACAUAUAACCUUAUAAACCAUGUCACUUGGCAAGUGCCCUUUGUUAACAAGUGAGAGAGUACAUUGUGAUAAAUAAAGAAGAUUGAUUCAAGAGUAGGGAACUGGAUCUAGUGGUGAACCCAAUUCAUAUUUCCCCUACCCCUAUUGGCCAAGUCUGAGGUGUGAAUGGUCAUCUACCUUUCAAUCACAUGAUGUCAUGAUGAUAGCAUGAUAUCAGGUGACCCAUUUUUGCCCAUGUGGAGAUUCAGCUGGUCAGUGGAAUCUUCUUCUACUCUUUGGCGAUCACUUGUAGCUGAGUAAGAUUGUCUUCCAUAAAAACGGUUUUAACAGUGAGUCUGUAAGUGACUAUGGAAGCCAAUUCUGGAUCCACAUGUCCUUCCACAAUGGGGUACAUAGGUUUCUGGGUGGGAGUUGAUCACAGUGAGGGUUUGCCAAAUGUGCCUUCCUCUUAGCAUGUUUCUCCCUUUCGUCCUGAGUUUGAGUGUCUUCAAAGUCCAUGACACCUUUGGUAAAGGCUGUUCUCCAAUUGGAGCGCUCGCAAGCCAGUGUUUCCCAGUUGUCGGUGUUUAUACUACAUUUUUAAAGAUUUGCCUUGAGAGAGCCUUUUAACUUCUUUUGUUGACCACCAGCAUUAUACUUUCCAUUUUAAAGUUCGGAAUAGAGCAGUUGCUUUGGAAGACGAUAAUCAGGCAUCCGAACAACAUGACCAGUCCAACAAAGUUGAUGCUGAAGAAUUAUUGCGUUGACACUGGUGAUUUUUGCUUCUUCCAGUACACUGGCAUUAGUUUGCCUGUCUUCCCAAAUAAUGUGUAUGGUGCCUGCAAACCCCCUUUGGCCAAACUACACCUUUCCCUGCCUCACACCUGACAUAAUAAGACAUCAGGUGGGUGUAGUUUGACCAAAACAGCCUCAUGGGCCAAACUGGGUAGCCUGACAGGCCUAAUUAGGUCUUCAGGCGAGACGUUUCUUCUUGCAGGUUAAAUUUAUGGUUAUAAAGGAUCAAUGGGAUGAUCAACCAGCAUCUGUAAGGCAGCAUUGGACCUUAUCUCAGCAGCAAAACUAGGGGGCCUCGAGCAAAAUGUUCUCUCGAGGGCUCUCUUACCGCCAUGGGCUUGCAUGGCAGUGCUAGGCAGCAGCUAGGCAGCAGCAGAGCUACAUUAUAUAUUGGGAAUACUGUAGAAAAAUGGCACCCAACCUCCUGGCUCUCUUUGGGCUGUUGGGAAAAAUGGUUUAAACAUGGGAAGUGCAGCUGGCAUCAUUGGCAACACCCUCCUGCCAAGUUUUGGGAGUGCCUCAACAUUUUUCCUUCAUGCAACCCAGUCCCUACUUACUGUUCACAUAUGGCAUACCCUUCAUGAUAGUCAGCCUGCAGGCUUGCUGGAGAGAGAGGGACAAACAACCCUAAAAGCUUCCAAGCACAGAUUUUAGUACAGUGGUACCUCAGGUUACAUACGCUUCAGGUUACAGACUCUGCUAACCCAGAAAUAGUACCUUGGGUUAAGAAUUUUGCUUCAGGAUGAGAACAGAAAUCAUGCUCCGGCGGCACGGCAGCAGCAGGAGGCCCCAUUAGCUAAAGUGGUGCUUCAGGUUAAGAACAGUUUCAGGUUAAGAACAGAUCUCCGGGACGAAUUAAGUACUUAACCCAAGGUACCACUGUACCUUCCCUUAUUAUGCUCACCACAGGAAACUGCUUAAACAACUGUACAGAGCAAUGGUGUUAAAUUGCCAUCAACUUUAGCCACCAGAUUAUUUCAGAGAACUCAUUCUUGCCUCUGAAGGACCCAUUUGCCCUCUGCAGCUCUUCAUCACUUAUAGGACAAUAUGGGAAGUAGGCCCCACCUACUUCUGGUGUUAUGUAAUUAGUGACUCAGCAGCCAGCCACAUUUUUAGCAAAACCUUUUCCUUGUCAAUUCUAGGACAAGCACCCCCUUUUAUUCCCCCCAGCCUCCAUUGCCCUCCAUUUAGAGUAUAAUGCAAAUUUAACAUCCCCUGAACAAAGUGCACACCAAUACACCCCUGAAACUGAACAGAUUUGUAGUUGUAGUCAUGGUAGUAGGAGCAUAUUAAAACACACACACAGAAACACACCUCCCCUCUAUUCAUCUGUGCCGGGGAGGUUUUAUGGUGCAACUAACAUAAAAAGCAUUCCAAGGCUUUAUGCAAUAGACAGCAAUUCUGUGAACUCUUUCGAUUUGUUGUAAACUCUUUAGGAGGUUUAACUAGUUUAUAUAUAAGGUAAAGGGACCCCUGACCAUUAGGUCCAGUCGUGGCCGACUCUGGGGUUGCGGCACUCAUCUUGCUUUACUGGCCGAGGGAGCCGGCGUACAGCUUCCGGGUCAUGUGGUCAGCAUGACUAAGCCGCUUCUGGCGAACCAGAGCAGCACACGGAAACGCCGUUUACCUUCCUGCCGGAGCGGCACCUAUUUAUCUACUUGCACUUUGACGUGCUUUCAAACUGCUAGGUUGGCAGGAGCAGGAACUGAGCAAUGGGAGCUCACCCUGUUGAGGGGAUUCGAACUGCCGACCUUUUGAUCGGCAGGUCCUAGGCUCUGGACCUGGACCACAGCACCACCCACAUCCCUUUUAGUUUAUAUAUAGACAGUUCUAAAUGGGAAAUGUUCUUUAUUUAGAAUAUUAUAUUUUGCCUACUUUUUGCUUCCUUAUUUAGCAGUAAUUUCCAGGGACUAUUACUUCUCCCCCUCUUCCUCCCACGCCAUUUCCCCCCUUCUUCUUUUGGCUAUUUCCAGACCUGCGUCAUCUCUCCCUCCUUCCCUGCCUUUUGUAUUUUUAGCAAUGCUACGAAAGCACUGGCAUCAGAGCUACUUUUUUUCCUUUUUUUGGAACAGUAGUAUUAUUUCACCUCUUUAAUUAGCAAGCCACAGGUGAUGUUUGCAUUUGGAGAUUGAUGAUAUUUUUGUGGAAAUUCACAUAAAAGCCUCGUAUUUAUGACUGCCAUAAAACCAUUGAACUUCAUCUCACUGCAUAAUGGCAAUAGCUAGAAACCUAAUUAUAUUCUAAAACCUGCCCAGAGACAGGCACUGCAGCUGCUGAUCAUGUUCAAUAGACCAUCAUACUAGCAGGAAUAUAGUUUUGUUCUUGACACUGGCCGAAAAUAGAUAAUUUCCGAUGAGGCUCUAAUUGGAACAACUUCCUCUGGCCUUUCUUUUGAAGGAUUUUAUUUUUUGAAAUGAAGGAACAUAAAAAAGAGGGCUAAAUUCAUUAGCUCUUCUAGGCGGCAGUUUUAAUCCCACACCCUGUAGAUUUUAAAAGGGGAAUAAUAGAUAUAUUCCAAUGAAGUAUAAAGAAAAAAGAUUGAAGUUUUCUGUUUUGAAUAUCGAUCUAUUGUAAAUUUUUUGUUUUCGCCCCUUUGGUUGAGGGAGCAGAAUGUGGCAGAAUCAGCAGGCGCACUGCCUUCAAAAGGUACAUUAAUAUUAAAAGAUGUGCAUCUGUGCUCUUGAAUGCUUUGUAUUAAUCCCUAUGGAGCUUGUAUAGAAGAUGUUCAAUACGGAUUGUGGAAAGCCACAAAAAAGUGGUGCCCCCCACAAAUUGAUGAAAAGAAGACUAGCAUUUCAUAUUGCCUAGUCCUUCAGAGAGAGAGAAAAAGUGAUAAAAUCCUAUGUAAGCCUACAUUCCUAUAACUGUAGAACUAGGAACAAGCUAUAACUGGGAAUAAGGGUGGAUCUACACAGAGGAAAACCCCUGCUAUAAAUAAGUCAUAAAUUAAAUUGUUAUAAUAAAAGAAAGAAAAAACUAUGUAAAAUUGCAUAGAAAAGUUUUGUGCUCUACAUCGCCAUCUGGAGUUGCAUGUUUAUAAUGCAUCCAAAAUACUGUUUUUUUGACUAAUGUAGCUGAGUCCUAAAUCAUAAUUGGGAAUAAGCCCAUGAAAUGCAGUGAAAUUAACUUCUAAGGCAACAUACAGUUGUACUGUAAAGUCAUAUAUAUAUAUGAUUUCUUAAAACUAUUACAUAAACAUAAACACACAACCUCAAAUAACCAACCCAUAAACAGAACUUUGAACACUUUAAAGCACCAUACAAAUGACGACGAGGAUGUUGAUGAUCAGCCACCAUUUGGAAUUAAAAGAGUCAGUUUUCUGAAGCAACAAAAGCUUUCAAGAUACAAUACUGGAGACACCUAGUUGUGGAAAGAUACAGCAGAGAGAGGAGUCUUUUCCCCUUGAUAUUCUUAUGCCUUCUAGAGCAAUGAUUUUCUUUGAUUUUGUACUGCCUUUUAAGCUUCCCAUUGUCCUUAUGUGGGAAUAAAACCCUUCGGCCAAUAAUAUUCAGAUAAUUAAGGUGCAAUGCAAAUGCCCUCUCCUGCCACCAGGGCUUUGCAGAAUGUCAAGACCACAACUGCGUCUGCAGUCCUGCUGUUCACAGAGGCUGUAGUGGAUGGUGGGCAGGGGACAGUCAGCUCCUGUACAGGGCCUACACUGCUAUACAAUGGCAGUGAGACCAACUGGGGAUCUAGCAAAUCCCAGGCUGGCUCCACCCUGACCCUUCCCGGCCCCUGGAACACCUUUCAACUUCCCAAACAUUUGGCAGCAGGCCCAUUUUGCAGGGAGAACCAGGCAGAGCAGCCCUGUUGCCUCACUCACCUCUCCCCUUCCAGCCCAGCCUCAUAAUCCCCAUAGAUAAUCUCUUUGACCUACCUUGUUUUCAGACGCAUAAGAUCAAAUGUGACCAUUCGACUGGUAUCAUUGAGAUGCUUAUGGACCGCUUCACUAUUGAAAAUGAAGGAACCUACACGGUGCAGAUUCACGAUGGGAAAGCCAAGAACCAAUCUUCAUUAGUUCUUAUUGGCGAUGGUAGGUUCCCCGACCGAUUUGCCUUUGCUUACAGGGGCCUUCCCAAACCUGGUGCUCGCCAGACAUUUUGGGCUACAAUUCCCACCACCCCCAAUCACUGCCCAUGCUGGCUGAGGCUGAUGGGAGCUGGUGUCCAACAAUAUCUGAGUGGUUAGAGUUUCUCCAUCUGUGAUCUAAUCCAACCACUCACCAGAUUGGGGAAGGCUGGGUUACAAUGUAAUUUAAGCAUUUCUGAAUACCUGAGCAAGUAAGCAACUCACUCUGUUUUCUCUCAUCUAUUUUUUAAUUUUUUUUUAGCAUUCAAGGAUGUAUUGGCUGAAGCCGAGUUCCAGAGAAGGGAGUUCCUGAGGAAACAAGGUAAGGUGGGAACAAUUAGGCAAGCUUUGUUUUUCUUGUGUGAUGGAAGGGAACAUUCCCUGAGAACAAUGUUCUCACUUAAUUCUCGCUGACAUCACUGGAUGCCAAAAAUGCUAAUACAGUACUUUGUGCAGCUGUAAUUUUGUUUCCAUGCAGACUGUUAUCACGCACAACGUCACCAUGCCCUGCUUCCAAGAUAGUUGGAAUGUACUCCCCCCCGUAAAAACCUAAAGAUUAGCUUGCAAUAUAUAAUCAAGGUGCAAUAGGUUUGGAAUUUUCUUUCCAAAGCAAUUUUCUACUGUUCUCUUUAGGGUAAUAGUGUCAAGGAACCAGGGUGUUUGGGGUGCUGCUAAGGCAAUUUUCUUCAGCCCAAAGGAGGUCUUACAGGAGAGGUUUCUCCAUUGCUUCUGCCUGGUAGAUGAGAAAGGGAAGAAGAUGACUGUGACAGUGAAUGGGAGGGAGCAGAGCUGAUCCAGGCAUUAGACAGGGUGAGGCCACUGCCUCAAGUGGCAGAAGUCACCCACAUGGCACCCCCACAGAAACCUUGCUGCCCCAUUGCCUCUGCCAGUAACAGAGAAGUGCCGCCACCACUGAUGACGGCUUGGGACAAGAUCAUGUCAGUUUUGGGUGAGAUCUCACCUGAAACUGGCACUGAUGAUGAUGAUGCUUUUCUGCCAGUGGUGGAAGUGGCAGGGCACGCGGCAGGGGUGGAGUGGGCGGCGGCAGCAGCAGCAGGUGGCAGGGCAGAGCAGCUCUCUUCACAGGGCAAAACACAGCAUGUUGCCCCCGGAAGGGAGGAACAGUGCCCGGAUGAAGUUCAGAGGAGGCUUGGGUCCAGUUCUGUGUGUGUGUGUGUGUGUGUGUGUGUGUGUGUGUAUAACACAUUUCCAAAAAUGACAAAACGGGGAAAAAAUACAGUGUUACCUUGGGUUACAUACGCUUCAGGUUACAGACUCCGCUAAGCCAGAAAUAGUACUUCGGGUUAAGAACUUUGCUUCAGAAUGAAAACAGAAAUUGUGCGGUGGCGGCACGGCAGCAGUGGGAGGCCCCAUUAGCUAAAGUGGUACCUCAGGUUAAGAAUUGUUUCAGGUUAAGAAUGGACCCCCAGAACGAAUUAAAUUCUUAACCUGAGGUACCACUGUACAGAAAAAAAAAUCAUAACCAGAUUGAACCAGAUUGUUUGAUUUCCUUCCACUCCCCCUCUUAGUUCCAUUAUAAUAUACUUAUUCAUGCCUGUCCAUAAGGCAUAUGCACAUUCAUUUGUUGAACUCCUGCUUCAGCCCUCUUUACCUCACUUGUCCGGAGUAGCUACUAUCACACACAGAUGUACAUUACUUGUUUUUGUAAACCUUGAUUGCUCAGCACUUAAUGAUUUUCUGCUGAAUGUGCCGGGUGAGUCUGUUGAAAAGCAUUGCUUUUGAGGGAAUUAGAUAUGAGCGCUCCAAUAAUGAGGUUUGCUGACGUUGCCUAUUGGUGCUGCAACGAUCAAGUGGCAAACACUCAAAACGUGGACGCCAUCCUAACUACUUAUGCAAACCAUAAAUUGAUAUUACAGAGCCUUGUUCCUGCUUUGAAUGCAUUAUAUGUUGGUAAACACAUUUGCCAACUUGUAUAUGAGCAGCACAGAGCCAUUGCAAAUCCCACAAUCGUGCUCAUAAGUGCAGCAGGGGCACUUAGCUGUACUCACAGAUCCUCCCUGGACUUGAGCAUCUCUCUCACCUUACAUGACUAUCUAUGUAUUGGUGCACUGACCAAAAGAGUAAAGGUCUUCUAGGGACAACUGCUUGUCAUGUGAUUUAGUUCCUGUUCUGUGUUUCUCUCCAAGUUUGUUCCUUCUCUAAAACAAUAGAAGCAACAGUAUAUGAUAUGUUUAUCUUUUUCUUUUUUUCAAGGUCCUCAUUUUCUGGAGUUUUUGUAUUGGGAAAUUUCAGAAGAAUGCGAAGUGCUGCUGCUCUGUAAGGUGAGCCAUUAUAUUUUGUUACCUUUUAAUAAAAUGGCACCCUUCCUCGUGGGGCAUAACUGCAAGCAGUUGCAGUACAAACGUUUAGGGCAUGUAAAUAGAGUACCAUGUGCACAUGAAGAGAUAGAAGGCUCUGACCACGAAGCCAAUGAGUGCUAAUAUAGCCACUGGUGGUGACAGUGCCUCAGUGUCUUGGGGUUGCAAGGAUGCAGAAUCAGGAUGUGUUCAAGGUGGUACAGUUCAGCUGAAGGCCAGGCAGAAAGAGAAAGAGAUUUGUUUCCAUUCUCUUACUACCUACACUCAGUGCAAGUCCCUUAUAUAUAUAUAUAUCAGUCUAAACCGAGGCCAGCAAAUUCAAGCAACAACUUAGAAUCAUGGGGAUUUUCUGGAGUCAGUGUGCUGGGGUGGGGUGGGGGAAGGAGGGUGUACCCAAAAUGCAGUGAAGCUGAGUUCCUCAUUGACAACCAAGCCAUUCACCACCGGCUUUUGAUCAUCUGCGUCACAAAGCUUAGGUACAUUCUCUGUGUCUUGUGUAGAACAAUGAGUGACAUAUAAUGCCCGUGGCUCAACUUUUUCCAGUAGCCCAUUCCCCAGCUAUUGCUUUUGUCUCCCUACCCCUGAGUUAAACUCAGAAACAUGGUGUCUCACCAAGUGGUGAGGAGUGGAAGGGUCAUCAUGCUUACUUAGGUUCAGUUUCUUUGGAAAGGAAAUCACUGAAGGCUUUUGGUGUUUUGUAGUAUUUGUGUUUAGUUACAAGUCUUCAGGUUGCACAUAGGUCGAGGCACAGUGGAGGCACACUCAAAACAGCCAACCGCACUCAGAUUUCUAGAGAAAGAGUCAGCACUCUCAAAUGUUGCUAGUUUACAGAGCCGAAACUCAGCUUUCAGUUUUUCUCUUUGGAUGCUGUUUCUUCUCUGGUUCAAACUGCAGUCUAUUGUUUAUUAUUACACACAGACACCUAGGUUACACCAUCUUUUGUUGCAUGGUGGGAGGCCUGCUUUUGUCCUGUUUAGAAGAAGCCUAACAAUUAGUUCCCAGGGAAACACAUCACUGACAGUUGCCUUAAUGAAAAAAUGCAUCUGCCAUGGGACUAGCAAAUAACUUUUGCACUCAUUCCAGCCCCAUUAACCCUCUCCUGUCCAACCCAAAUCUAGAAUGGUGGUAUAGCUCCGAAAUAGGAUCCAUUCAUUCAUCAGAACGGCCAUUUAGUGACUGACAGGAGAGGGCUUCUGUACCAAACCAUAUUAAGGAACCAACAUCUUUAUAAAUCUUACAGUGCCUGAGAUACAAAAAUCCUGAGUGCUACUGUGAUUUCUGACUUCUCUUCUUUCACUAGUACAACUCCAUGCCCUGCUACAAAUUGCUUUGGGAUAUUCGCUCAAUUUCAAAAGUAGUUUAUAUUUCACUGUUUGCUAUUUUUGGGCUCCACGUGGAGAGUAGUUUGCCUCUGUGUGCAUUUCUUCCAGAGACUCCACAGGCACAUUGCUAAAAUCAUUAUGGGCCAGGAAACCUAAUUUUGCCAUAUCUGCUUUUAGUUUUGGUAUUGCUGUGAUCCUUGUUAGACGAAUGUGACAAAAACUACAGCUACAGAAGCAACAGUGGCUCCAUGAUGGACAGACCUGUUCAGCAGCACAGAACAGUGUCUCUGGAAAGUAAUCAUCUUCUGUUCUUUUUUUUUUUUUAAAAAACCCCUCUUUCUAAAAUUGCUUCUUUCAAGUUACCAUUUAAACUCGCUCAUCCAGCAAUAUUUCAUGUCAGCCAAUACACAGCUAUAUUCCAAGCAUAAAACAACACACUGUUUCUCUCUUGCCAUUCUGCUGAGCUGAAUUUCCACUAGCACUUCAAAAGGGCUGCCUUCAGGAAGCUUCCUUGUGCUCCUGCCUCCCGCAGGGCACUCUAUGCUGUAGAAGAAGACCUUCAACCCAGCUCCAGCGCAGUCAUUGGUCGCCAAGAGCGAAACGUUUGGCAGAAUUGCAACAUUGGUUUCUUUAUGAGUCCAGAUGAACCAAUUUGGGUAGCAGCUCCCACAGGCACUUUGGCAACAGAUCCAAGAAAGUGCUGCAUACUUAUUUCUGAUGGAUCCUGGUUUCCUUCAGAAAACACAGAAAGUUGCAGGCCAGAAGAUAUCUGAAAAAAGCAGAAGACCUGAAGCUCAGCAGUUAAGCACAUGCUUUGUGCAUGCAAAAGGUCCCAGGGCCAAUUCCUGGCAUCUCCCGGCAGGUAGGGUUGGGGAAAACUCUUGUCUGAAACUCUGGAGAACCAGUGUGCAAUCAGAUAGACCAGUGGCUCAGUGCAAGUAGCACCCUGUGAUCUCUGGCCUACCAUGUGGGUAGCUGUUUUCCCCAACUGCUAUCAUGUGAAAAGGCAUUCAAUCCCAUUGGUUUCAAAAUUGCAUUGUUUCCAAAUACUAGUCUCAAGUCCAAAUCACAGUCCAAAUCAUAGUCUUAAGUCACUCCAAAUGCUUUGCUACUUUUUCUGACUGGUUCCAGUAGAAACUAUGUGCCACGUUAUGAGAUGUGUCUAUAAUUACUGGAAUGUUUAUGCGGAUCUUCUCUUGAGGCAGCUAGCAAUAUUUUAAAACAAUAUGAAGAUCAAAAUCCAGUGAAUAGAGAGAACAGAAUGGAAGCUGUUAAGUAGGCACCCCUGAUUAAUCAAAUUGCAUUCCAAAACAGGGGGCCACCACGGAUGAAGCCUUUCUCCAUUUUGCACCUCAGAAUGUGGGCAGGGCCUUCAAAGAAGAUCUUAAUACUUGGGCAGACUAAUAUGAGGGGAGGUGGACCUUCAAAAAUGUUGUGACUGGUGAGCCAAACAAACCAUCAGGGCACAGCUUGUUAGCAGCAUAUUAUACUUCAUUGAUUUUCUUCUCCUUGUUCAGGUGGCAAAUACCAAGAAAGAGACCUUUUUCAAGUGGUACAAAGAUGGUGCUGGAUUUGAUGUUGAAGAGGUGCCUGACCUGCAGAAAGAGGUUGUUUGUUUGACUAUUCCAAAGGUAUGGUGCAAUGAUUUCUGGGUGACGCAUUUAAUAGAUUCCUCCUUCCUAAGUUCAGGAUUAAUGAGGCUUGUACUUAUUGUACUUGUUGACUGCUCCAACAAUGGGAAUUCCCAUUCUUGUGUGUGCUUUUUAUUUGUGUUUCCUGCUAGCGAGGGAAAUUUAGCUUUGUGCAGGUUAUUAUUAUUCAAAUACUCUCUUUCACUGAAAUUAAUGGGACUUGAAGAAUGUUUUGUUUGACUACAUGCAGGUAAUGCCCCAUAUUUAAUUAGAAGUAAAUACUGCAAUUCCAUGUAUCUAGGAGUAAAGCCCACUGGACACAGAGGGACUUACUUCUGAGUAACAUGCAAAGGACUUUGCUGCACAACUCACUGAUUUCCAUGAGACUUACACCCAAGUAGCUGUGCCUAUGGCGCAGUCUCUGUUGCAUAUUUGCAAGGUGGUCACCACUACCUAAAUGUAUUUGGUUUUGACUGUAUCUCACAUAUAUAUAAACCAAAAGUGAGAAGGCAAUCUUUAAUCACCUAUAUGUUAGCAUGUUAAACCAACUUGCUUCAUCUCUUUCUGUCAAAAUGAAUACUUCCUUUAACCUUACAUUGGUUUGUACUGGACUGAUAAUGAUGUUAAGCUUGGUAGGCAGUUUAAUUAAUUAAGCGGUACAUGCAAAAGUAUUAAUGCAAUAAUUAUCUCAUUAACGAUGCUCUCACUGCAUCUGCCUCUCAUGUCAUUUCUGUUCAGACAAAGUUCAAAGUAGAUUUCCUUUCUGAUAUAGAAAAUGCACCAAGUAUAUAGGUGACUUUCAUUAAUAUAAGUCACACAAUCCCUGUGUCGUAUUUUAUUUCUAGCUGUCUAUAAAGGACCAGGGUGAAUAUAAGGCAACACUGUCAGAUGACCGAGGUCAAGAUAUGUCUGCUAUUGAUGUAUCAGGACAAGGUAAAGCUCUAUUUUCCCCUGCAUUGGUCAUGCAUGGUUAUUUGUUAUUCCAAACCACAGGGAAUAAAGGAAAUAACUACAUCACCUCUGGGAUGGAAGCUCCUCUGGCAUGGAAGUUGUGAGAAGUUCUGAAACAUUUAUAACUGCAUAUUUUCUGCUCCUUCUAAAGUCAUGCAGGUCAUCCACCUCAUCCCAUAUAGCUCAAGCCUCACAAACCUCUGAUUGCUGCUGUAUGACGAUGGAGUAACUCAUUCCCUCAGAUUUAUUUAUUUAUUAUUGCCAAAUACAUGCACAUAUUGUCCUUUAAUUAAUGUCAGUUCCUCCCUCAGGAAAACACUCACAAAAUAGCCACAUGAGGUGGCUGUUUGAGCUGUUUACAUAAGCCUACUUUAGGUGCCGUCAAACAUCUGGCAACAACUGCAUGAGGGUGGAGUUUGGGGCUGGGCAUGUUUGACCUGCUCUCCAUUGCUGACCCCUCCUGAAGGCUCUUUCUGGACAGCCUGCCAAAUACACAGAGGUUGUCCCCAUCAGCUCUGAAACUGGUUGCAAGAUUCCAGCUCAUGAGGACAACUGAGGGAUAUUUGGCAGGUUGGCCCACUGAACUGGUCUAAUUUGGACUUAGCCAAAGCUAUGUGUGCAGCGAUAUGGAGACCAAGAUUGUUAAAUGCAAGAACAUAAAGUCAAAAUAACCAAGCACAAGCCCUUCUGAAAUAAUUAUCACAGUAUCAUUGUUUAUCUGUGUAAAGCUUUCUCAUGUGAAUACUACAUACCUGUAUUUCCCAUGCUAACAAUCUGUUGUUUCCCCCUUCCUCUCCUCAGUAUAUGAAGAUAUGAUCCUGGGAUUGAGUCGAGUCAGUGGUGAGUAAAUGUUAUUUCCACUUCAUUUCAAAAAUAUGUUAAAAUUUUCAGAAACUGAGAUAACCUGUUGUCACUGAAAGCAGGAAAUCUCAAAAGAGCCUUAUCCCCUUCUAAGGUGUAGUUAACAUUCUGAAUCGGUUUUUGACUUUAAUAGACAUUAUUAAACAGGAAGGCUUUUUUUUUUACCACAUGCUUGUUUUUGUGUCCUUUAUUGAAGAGGCUUUGGGCAAUGCAGUUUGUUAGCUUUGUGAUAAGAAGUUACUCUUCUAUAAGUGUGUUUAUGGUCACAGUAUGAUCCAACUCAGAAUAAUUUUUUAAAAAUUUCAUCAUUAAAAUCUAAAUCACAUUGAAUUCUGUAAUAUAUUGAAUAUAUUAAUAUAAAUAUUGCACUUUGGGCUGAAAUAUUACAGCACGAGGAAAAUUAUGGUUUACAGAGUAAGCAUCAGAAACUUAGUGAAUGUUGAUAUUUAUUGGUAAAUUCUAGGAAUGAUGAAAAUGUUUGAGUUCAGAGACUUGGUUUUGACACUUCACCAUGCUUAAUCAUGUUAAUUUUGGAAAUGUGGGUAAUAUUUGGUCAUUUACUGAGGGCAGUGACCUGACUUUGAGAUUUAUUUGGUAGGUCAGAAUUUCUGGCAUUUCCUUCUGGCCUUUUAAGACUUUUCAGUAAAUGUCAACAAUCUCCAGAUUUCUGGCAUUUCAUACAACAAAACAACAUACAUAGAUGACAUAAUAGUAAUAGCAAUUUUAAUUUAUUGUGAGUAUGGUUUUUUAAUGUCUAAUUAAACACAUGAGAAUUAAAAAAAACCAACCAAUUCUCUUCUUCAGCAUCAUUAUAUUAACCUUGCUUCAUGGCAGUCCUUUAAGAGGAGUGGUCCUGGAAAUCUGUUAAUUCACUAUUUAUUUAUUGAAAGUCUGUAGGUAGAAUGAAUUAUCUUAAGAAUGUCUGGUUGUUGGAGUUUUUUCUUAGAUCAUGAUUUGAGAUUCUAAAACCCAACCACUGGAUCUGAAUAAUGUUUAAUCCCUGUAGGUAAAUCUGCUUCUGAACUGAAGAUCCACUGUACUCCAGAAGGCAUAAGACUACAGUGUUUCUUGAAGUACUACACAGAGGAAAUGAAAGCAAGUUGGCUUCACAAGUAAGUAACAGCCAAGCCCUGAAUACAGAUGUACCUUGAAAGUUGAACGGAAUCCAUUCUGGAAGUGCGUUCGACUUCCAAAGAGUUCAGAAACCAAGGGGCGGCUUCCAAUUGGUUCCGGAUUGCACAGGUGUGCUGGAAACAACAACAACAACAACAACAAUAAUAAUUUUUAUACCCUGCCCUCCCCAGCCAAGGCCGUUCUCAGGGCGGCUAACAAGCAAUAAUAAAAACAAGUUGAAUGAAUACAACUUAAGAACAAGAUUAAAAUACAACAUUAAAAUAUUGAAACAUUAAAAUAUUAAAAUGCAGCCUCAUCACAGGAGGAGAAAGGAAAAAGGAAAAAGAAAGAGGGGGAGGGAAUCAAAUUGGCUCCAAGCCAAAGGCCAGGCGGAACAACUCUCUCUUAAAGGUCCUGCGGAAAGAGAUCAGAUCCUGCAGGGCCCUGGUCUCAUGAGGCAGAGCGUUCCACCAGGCCGGAGCCAGUGUUGAAAAGGCCCUGGCUCUGCUUGAAGGUAAUCUAUCUUCCUUUGGGCCCGGGACCACUAGGGUGUUGCUAUUUAUGGACCUUGAGGCUUUCCGUGGGGCAUACCGGGAGAGGCGGUCCCGUAGGUACGAGGGUCCUAGGCCGUGGAAGGGUCCUAGGGUCCUAGGGUCCUAGGAAGGUACGAGGGUCCUAGGCCGUGGAAGGGUCCUUUCUAGUGGAAGCUGCGCCGGACAUUCAGCUUCCAAAAUAAGUUCAAAAACCGAAAUACUCACUUCCAGUUUCCAGUCGUUUGGGAACCGGAAUGUUUUACUCCCAAGGUGUUUGGGAGCUGAGGUAUGACUGUACUGGGUGAUUUUUGCCUGGUAUUCAGAGACUAAACAAAUUAACAUUUUGACAUUGAUACUAAUAUUGGGGGUGGGGUGGAGAGAUGCGAAUAUUCAGUGUUCCUUCUUUUUUUAAAAAAAAAAGUAGAAAAAUGAAAAAUUCAGGCGACAACCUUUUCAUAAGAAAUGAGCCAAUUUUUGGUUUCCAUGCUGUCAUCAGCACAGCUGGCAGCAUUGCAUGCAAAUCCCCAGCCCGCCCUGAAUCAUCCCAACACUUUGCAUCGCAGGGAGCAUAAAACAAAUCGUAAAGCCAGCAUGCAAUCAUCCACUCAUUGCACUGCAGGGAAUCUGAAUUCCCAUCUAGAGACUUGCUUGGUCGAGUGAGCUGAAUCUAGGAUAGCAAAGCAAAAGCUAAGUAAUGAUAUUUCAAUCUUUUCGUAUUAGGCCUUUGUCAUCAUUAGGCCAAAUCAUUUCUGUUUGGACUUGGGGGUUUUUAGCUGAUCGAUGGGAAUCUAAGUUGGAGGUAUCAAUAUUUUAGCCACUGAGGUCUAGUCAUUUUCUGGAUGGAAAUAGCUGGAUUAAAAAAUAAUAAUCUGAGCACUGGAUGCAUCGUUUCAAAGCCAAGAUUAGAUUUCCAAUGCGCCUGUGAGCCAAUGAUUGUUUGCAAACAAAUAUGUCUGUGCUCACCCUGAAUUGUAAGUUUUUAUUCCUUUGGUCGGUAUCACCAACAGCUCUAAAGAACCAAAAGGCUGCAGCACAUAUAAGUCAUUUGUUUAGUGUCCAACCUUAUCAAAAAAAAAAUUAUGAUUAAAAAUAAAAAAGCUGUAAAAAUUGCUUAUAAGAUAAAAUAGUGAGAUAAAACCAAACAACAAGAGGGCUAAAUAAGAUAGCAUAGUGACAACAAUGACCGCUCCCCGCUUAAAACGGGGGACGCCCUUUGCGUGGACGCGCGCAGCCCCUAGAUCUGGAGCGGCUCCAACAGCAUAGGCUUGGUUUGCCUUCCCUCAGGUGGGAUACCUGGAGGUCUCCGCCUACCUCAGUCAGUUGUCCAAUCCCACCUGGGGGAAGCGUUGCCAAGGAGACCAGGCCAGGUAGGGGAGGGAUUACUUGCCCACACAAUAGAGGGAGGAUCUUACCUGGGAAUCCUCACUUGGCUCCAGAGCUUCUCCCACCCUACCCACCCUCAGUUAAUGUCUUAUUUGCAGGUUAACUUUUCUUCACAGGUUUUGCAGGUUAACUUUUCUUCGCAGGUAUGUGGGCGCUGCUACGUUAAGGUCGCUGUUAAAGGGCCGGAAAGGAAUUUCCCUGCAUUGGCAGGUUUCGCCUUUCCCGUAGCAAAACGUCACAACUUUGGUGGUAUCAGGCCUUGGGCGGAAUCCUUUAGUCCAUCUUCCUCUUUGCGGCGGCGAUACCAGGGUUCCCUGUUGAAGGGGUUUCUGAAGGGAGGCUUUGACCGUACGCCGAAAGGUCGUCAUUGCUCUCCCCUGCGGCGGCGGCGUAACGGGGGCGGCUAUCUCUGCUUGAACAUAUGUUCUCCAGAGCCGGCCCAUCCCCCCCCCCACACACUGGAUAACCCUGAUGCUCCCUAGGUCCCCGGCUGGGGACUGGGGAGGGAGAACGCCCAAUGCCUGAGCCAAGGUCUACCCACAUUUGAAAUUUAAUAAAGUUGUGGCCAAUUUAAUCCCAUAGCACGUUGUCAUGAGUCGUUAUUCCACAUGACGGGGGGACCGCGCGGGAUCUGGGGACUCCGCCUGUCCACGCAAAAGCAGUCUGAUUGCAUUUUCAAAUCUGAUGUGAUAAGACAACAUGUGUUGAAAUAUAAUGCCUGAGCAAAUAAAUCAACACUUAUCUGGUUGUAUAGGUGGGGUUUGGGGGAACUCUACAAAUAAGGUGCCACCACAGAAAAAUACAUAAUUGAAUUUGAACCCGCAGUAUGAGAGCAGAGCCCUGAAGUUGCUACCUGCCUAACCUCAACAGGUGAGGAAAUUUGGGAAUGCUCUUAAGCUUGUAGGGGAGCAAAUGUCUUCCCAUCUUCCUAAUGAUGGAGCAAAAUAUCCAGAACUUGAUAUUCUUAUUUACAGGCUAAAAUCACAAUCCCAGGAAACCUAAUCAUAUGUAGUAGAGGUUGUACACAAACGGCCAAGUGUUUUCCUUUACAUUUUCCCUAUCCCUCACUCAGUUAUAUCAUCCAUUGCUUGGUCCUAGAAUGUCAAGCAUAUAAAAUACAGACUGCACAUUUAAAAAUCAAAAUGCAGCAGCGACCCAGGCAAAUAACGAAAUCUUACCACUGGCACAGCCUUGAACAUCUCAGGUUGAAGUUUAGAAUUUUAUUCAGGUUGUACACUUCUAGCAACGUCAGUUGUGCUUUUUUCCAUGCUGCCCUUUGUGCCCGAAAGCCCAUCUUUCAAACAUGAACAUAGGACUGACGUACACUGAGUUGUUCUUGUCUUUGCACUAAUGGCUGGUGGCUCUCCAGGAUUUAAAAAGUGGAGUCUUUCUCAGCCUGACCUGAGAUUUAUUGAACCUGGUACCUUUUGCCCACAAAGCCGAAAGUGAGCUGCACCAAUGAGCUGUUCACAAACCUUUGGCUGAUCUAAUCUGCUUUUGCUUGUCUUUCUCCUUGUCUUUCCCCUUCUCCUUGCUGGCAUUCCUCCCCGCCCUGUCUCUUUGCAUAUGUCUCUUAUUUCACUCUGAAAAUGCAAUGCACAUCUUGAAAGCACUAUAAAUGAUAAAUAGCAGAAGUAAUAGAACCCUCUCUGGGUGACAGAUGUUCUUCCUUAAAAAAAAAAAUUCCUUCAAGCUUCAUGUAGAUUAUUAAAUUGAAAUAUGAAUAGACUAAAAAUAAGUAUAAAAUAAAUUCAAAAUGAAAUAGGAAGGAGUCAUAGGCUUUGAAGAAAACAAACCAAACAAAGGUGGAGGCUAGAUCAUCCAAAAAUGAAUCUCUCAGACGUGAUUAAAUUAACCCCAGAAUUGUCCUCUGGCUUGUAGACCCAGAGCAUGAUUUUAUGUUGAAGAAACUGAUAGUGCUUAGGUUAGCCUGUAAAUCCCAUCUUGCAUUUCUUGAAGCUGGCGCUGAUUAUGAAUCCAUGGAAUGAGAAAACAAGUUUCUCUCCCACUAAUCCCUGGUCAACAAGCUUACAAGUAUGCUUACUUUUAUAAUCUUCAGUCUGAUGGCUAAACCAAGGCAUACACAAUCCAUGGCUAGCAAAAAAUUGUAUUGCUUCUCCCCUUUUGAACAUUUGUUAUUGAUCCCUCCGUACACCAUGUUUCAGCCUGCUUCUGAAAAUUCUCCUGGCAUCAAAAGGCUUUGUCACAGAGCAAGAGGAACUGUUGCUCAAGAAACAGAAGCCUAAAGUCCACCUGUGUGUGUAUUUUGAAGACUCCCUGUGUUCAUUUCCCCAGGGAAUCUAAGAUUUCUUCUAGUGAAAAGAUGAGGAUUGGAGGCAGUGAUGAAGUUGCCUGGAUGCAGAUAUGUGAGCCCACAGAAAAGGAUAAAGGGAAGUACACCUUUGAGCUGUUUGAUGGCAAGGAGUCCUAUAAGCGGAGUAUUGAUUUAUCUGGACAAGGUAGGCAUCUUUAAGCAUGCUACUGGAUUCAUCGCAUUGUAAUUUGGGGUCAUUUUGCAGUUGGGGAAUUAACGUUCAUUGUUUAUUAUUAGGUAUUUAUUUUGUGCUAACAGUUUUCAAGGCACACUACCAACUUCGUUCAUGCUAUGCCUCUUCUCAUCAGGGCUGCCUUUGAUCUCUCUUCUUAGAUUUCAUUUGAUGUUUCUCUACCACUUUUAUAAGCUGAGAACAGAAAAGAAACACAAGUAGGCAUCAAAGCAUUUGUGCCGAUUCAAAAGGCAAACUUUAUAAUACUCAAAAAUGUUUCUUUGCAGCGUUUGACGAUGCUUAUGCAGAAUUCCAGAGACUCAAGUAAGCUUUAUACCAUUUUCCUUUAAACUCAUGACAAUUACUUUGCCUUGGCUACCAGUGUCAUUCUAACAUAAUAGGGUAUAAGAUGUUUCUUACACCCUAUUUCUAUGGAGAGCCCAUGUGACAUAAUGAUUAGAGUGUUGGACUCAAUUAUCAAGGAGACCAGGGCUCAAAAUUCCACUCAGUCAUGAAGCUCACUGGGUGACUUUGGACCAGUCACCAGUUCUUAGCUUAACCUACUUAGAGUCAUAGAAUUGUAGUCCAACCCCCUACAAUGCAGAUAUUUCAACUACAGCAUCCACAGCAGAUAUCCAUCCAAACUCUGCUUACAAAUCUCCAAGGAAGGAGAGUCCACCACCUCCUGAGGGAGUCCAUACCACGUCACAGGGCUGUUGUGGGGAUAAAAGGGAGACCAGGGAAAGCCAUGUACAGCACCUUGAACUCUUCCAAAGGUGGGAGAGUAAUCUUUGUGUAUAUAUAAAAGGUAAAGGGACCCCUGGCCAUUAGGUCAAGUUGUGGCCAACUCUGGGGUUGCGGCGCUCAUCUCGCUUUAUUGGCCGAGGGAGCCGGUGUACAGCUUCCGGGUCAUGUGGCCAGCAUGACUAAGCCACUUCUGGCGAACUAGAGCAGCGCACGGAAAUGCCAUUUACCUUCCUGCUGGAGCGGUACCUAUUUAUCUACUUGCACUUUGACGUGCUUUCGAACUGCUAGGUUGGCAGGAGCAGGGACUGAGCAACAGGAGCUCACCCUGUUGCAGGGUUUCGAACUGCCGACCUUCUGAUCGGCAGGUCCUAGGCUCUGUGAUUUAACCCACAGUGCCACCCACGUCCCUUGUGUAUAUAUACAUAUACAUAAUUGUGAUAUUAAUUAUUCUGUUUUCUGUUUUCUUUCCCCACUUUAGGGCAGCUGCUUUUGCUGAGAAGAGUAAGUACAUUCUGUACAGAGGAAGCAUGUUAUUUAUUAUCAUCAUAAAAGAGCAGGAUCUAGCAGCCUAGUGAAUGCUAGUUAGACCUUGUUCCUUUUAUUUACCUUUACAAAGCUCAACAAAAGUGAAGGAAUAAGGCAGGCUUCCUCAACCUCGGCCCUCCAGAUGUUUUUGGCUUAUAACUCCCAUGAUUCCUAGCUAGCAGGACCAGUGGUCAGGGAUGAUGGGAAUUGUAGUCUCAAAACAUCUGGAGGGCCGAGGUUGAGGAAGCCUGGAAUAAGGUAUACAUAAUGGUGCUUUCAAUCAGUUCAUUUUAAGAGGAAGGUGCACUUUCAAACCAAAUAGUUGCCGUUUUAGAGAAGAUGUGGAAAACUUGUAACCCACCAACCUUAGCACAGUCCACAAUACAUGUCCGAUGACCCUCCCCCCAAGACUUGAUAAACCUCCUGCUUUUGCUCUCUGUUGGGGGAGGGGAGGGUUGUCAAGCAGGUCUGCCUUAGCUGGAGAACCUGUGUUUGUUUAUUCUUGGAAAGCAAGUUGGCAGGAGGGAAUAGAAAAGUGUUAGAGAAUGGGUGUCCAGUAUAAACCUCUCAACUUAAGAAACUAUUGUUAGUUAGGUUUCAGAGCUGACAGUGAGAACAGACUACGGGUGAGUAUAUGCAAUGCAGACUGGAAACCAAGGGUGACAGAUUUCAUGUUGAUGAUGGCAAGAAAUCUGAGUGAUAGAUAGUAUACAUAAGGGCUGCCCGUUAUUCACCAGCACGGAUAAUCAGUCAGGUACUCUGACCCUAAGCAUGCUUAUUUAUUACUUGCCUGUAAUAUACUUCCACUUUUAGUCUAAAAUCAUAGCUUCCAGGGAGGUGUCUUAUUUCAUCAUAUUUCACUAUGAUUUCUGUACCAUUAUGAUGACAGACGCUAGUCAUUUCCCAUUUCCCAGGACAAUCAUUUUACCUGAAAUGGUCAGCUAAUGUUUUUCUUGGUUGUAUAUGCAGAGCCUGCCAAAUCCAUAGAUGCAAACUAGGCAAUCUCCUGGGGGGAUAACAUUUCGGGGUGUCUGCUUCACUUAUUUAAAUGCCUUACAGAAAGAGCAACUGCCUGCCUUUUUAGAUUCAUCCACCUUUUCAGCCCUUGCUUACAGGUGAAAUGGGGACUCUAAUUUAUGUCAGGGAUAAUGCCCCUGAAUGCGGAGUCCAGCUAAACUGUGCAGUUACAAUAACAGGAUAGGUAAAAAUUAGAAUUAAGUGUAAAACUGAAACUGAAAAUAGUCAAGUCUUAAUAAUUUUAUGUAUUAUUAUUAUGCUGCUCAGUAUAAGAUAAAACAUGAGUUGUGUGGGCAUGCUUUUAAAUUCAUCUUGACCUACAGGGGGAAAAAAAGCAAAAUCUUUAGGCCAACUCUAUAUAUUAGCAGAGUCUCACCUGGUGCUGUUGAGCCAGAAGAAACUGGAUGUUUCCAUUUUUAAAGUGUCCAGAUGUCUUGAAAUUUGAACUGAGCAUUACUUGGAGAAAACUGGGGAUACUGAUUAUGGGAGCAUAGGAAGCUGUCUUAUGCAGACUCAGUCCAAUGAACCAUCUAUCUUAGUAUUGUUGACACUGAAAUGCAGCAGGAGCUGCCAAGCAUUUGAGGAAGGAGUCUCACCCAGCUCUACCUAGAGAUGCUGGGAAUCAUGCACUACUUAAUGUUUCGCCAAAAAUUAAUUCAAGUUGCUGUAAGCUGUCCAGAGGCAUUUGUUAUUGGGUAAUGUAUAAAUGUUAGUUUAAAAGUAAGGGUAUGACGCUAUCACAAUAAACCCCUUUGCAUUGCAAUGGGCUGAGAGCUUAGCUGUUCCUUAUCUCCAUUUUUUAAAUAGCCUCCCAGUCUUUGUUUAUUAAGAGUUUGGAGCUACUAAGAGUUUUUACACUGAAAACCUCUGAGGGAGCAAGAAAUAAAUUGAGGAUGAAGACGACACAGAACGGGCUGUGCCCUUUAACAAUCUUCAGUAUCCACUUGCCGGCUAACGUUGCCUGCAGACAUUUCAUAUUUUGCAUAUUCCUUAAAAAUCAGGAAGUAGCUGCUGAUACUGUGUCCCCCCCCCCCCCCCGUUUCAGCAUUUGUCUCACCUUGACCAUCCUACAGGCGCAUACUCUCCAAUUGGCAAAAUGCACUGAUAAUUAUAUAAUUUGAUUGCUUUUUUCUUCAUAGAUCGUGGUAAAGUGCUUGGUGGUUUGCCCGAUGUCGUGACAAUAAUGGAAGGCAAGGUAAGGGCUUGGCUGUCAUGGUGUGGAUACGAAAAAGACUAAGAAAGCCUCAUGAGAGAAUACCAUUACAUUUGUAUUUUAAAUGCACCUAUAAAUAUGCAGCCCCCUCACUUGAUCCCACACAAUAUUCUGCAAGGGUGCUCUGCUGGAGGCAUUAGAGUGUCACCCAUAUUGGCACUGAAGCAGUGCUGCCAGCUCCGUGUUUAAAGAGGAAAAUUGCUGCAGCCCUUCACCACCUUCCAAGGGGUUGGGUGUGUUUCUAGCAAGGCAAGAAACAUUUCAGGAUUGCCAUGCUUUUUAGCAUUGUGCUUCAAGGACCUCAGGUAACCCCCUAGAAAUAAAUUCACACAGGCUCAGUUUUUUUGUUUAAGAUUAAUGGGCAAAAUUUAGGCCACAACUUUAUUGAUUCCACAAUGUGAGUGGUAUUGGCUUAGUCAUUGUCAAACUAAAACUGACUCCUGCCCACCCCGCAGGAGGUCUGAAAGGGUAAACCAAACGAGGGAGCUACAGCGAUGCAAAUCGGCUGUAGCUCACCCCGGAGUUCCUGUGGUCCUGGCAUGGCCCUAGCCCCUCAAGCGGACUUCAGACAACAUCCAGAACCCCCAGAUUCCUUUAACAGAAUACCCUUUUUAAAUGAGGGGCAGGUGAUGGCUGCACCUCCCCUCCCCCAACCACAACUAACUCAAUGCCUAACUGCCAAACCUUACAAAGUUGUGAUGAUUGCUGGGAAGUAGGCGAAAACCAAAUGGCCAGUGUCAAUCUGCCAUGUGGACAAAAUUCCUACCAGGCCCUUACCACAAAACAGGCGACCAACCGAAGUCCCAAGCAAGGCCAAAGCACAGAAACCAAAGAGGGUGGGUGGGCUGGUGUUCAGCAGCGGAAAGUUUAUAAAAACCUCCCCCUCCCCCAACUUGCAACAGCCUGAUUGGGUGCUGGAACUGGGGCGAUCGUGGGACCGCCCCAGCAACAAUUGGGCUAUGCCCUGCCUCCAGAUGUCAUGGAGGCCCCAAGGUCCUGAGUGCAAGCAGGACCCUCCUUGAAGAGGAUCCAAUUUAGCAAUCUGGGUUGUUACCUGUGCAGGGAGGUUCUUUUCUCCAGUGAAUGAUGGAUGGAAGAAGGAGGGAGGCAGUUUUCAGAAUUCUUCCAUUUGUCUGCACCACCUCUUGCAGUAUCGUAACUAUCUGGAGCAGGUUUAUGUGGUGAGGUUUUGUACAGAGGGGGAUGGGAAUCAGUGAGAAUCAACUUCACCCUUUUUCCAUUAAAAAGGGGGGGGGAGCAGGCAGUCCCUUAAAGUCCCAUCAUAAUUAUGUCUAAGAGGGUUACCUGUGCUAUCUCUAUAAACUGGAGACUGUAGUGGUAGCAUUGGGUCUGUAGUCAGCCUUUGGGUGACUGUCUUUGCAGUUUUAAAAUAAAUAUCAGUCUUUAAAAAAUAGCAGCUGUACACAGUUUACAGUUUGUUACCUACAAAAUCUUCUGUGAAGUAGGAACAGGGGACAGACAAGAUACAAUUGGUUACAACCAUUGCUUUUUACCCCUGGGGCUACGCAGGGGGUACACAUACCCCAAACAUUUUGUGAAUCUAAGUUUGGCCUCAUUGAGGGGCAGUACUUCAAUAUGAGUAGGAAAAUGAGAGUACCUCUAAACAUUUUUUUUAGGAAAAAAGCACUGGUUACAACCCAUUGUGUCUUGUGCUGAGCUGGGAUAAUGCCAGUGUAUGCUGGAAAACUGUCACAGUGGCAGAGAUUUGUGAGGUUUUGCGACAAUCAGGCUAUGAGAUCAAGAAAUCUAAGUUAGCAAGCCAAUGCCAAAGUCUGGAUUUCACAUUCUUUCCCUGCUCCCUCCCUGUUUGUUUUAGACCCUGAAUCUGACCUGCACUGUGUUUGGUAACCCCGACCCUGAGAUAGUCUGGUUUAAGAACGACAAGGAGCUUGAACUGAACGAUCACUAUGUAGUCAAACUGGAGCAAGGAAAGUAUGCCAGCCUGGUCAUCAAGGGGGUGGCAUCAGAAGACUCAGGAAAGUACAGUAUCAAUGUCAAGAACAAGUAUGGUGGCGAGAUGGUGGAUGUCACCGUCAGUGUGUACAAGCAUGGCGAAGAGCUGCCCGACGUCAAACCUGGCACAGGUGGCAAAACAAGGCUAAUAGCACCAGAAGGAACUCAUUGAUCUUCCACGCAUGAUAAGGGCAGCAGGAAGUAGAUUUGUAAGGGGUGUGUUUGACAGGCAAAAGGCUAGAGAGAAGCUGUAGGUCGUUCCCCCCCCCCCCCCAUAGUGUUUCUGCAGUAGGUAACUGGCAAUGUCCAAGGAAGAGUUAAGCUUUUUGAGAUGGGCAUCACAGUCUCGGUUCUCUACCCGUACCAUCCCCAGAUGCAAUUACAUCAUUAUGAAUAGAAGCUGUUAUGUGGCUGGCAACAAAAAGCCAUUGCAGGGGCAACUGUUAUUAACUUUAUAUGCAAAUUGGUGCUAUAUCUGUAGGAUGGAACUCUGCUUACGGCAAUGGGAAGAUCAGACUUUUAUUAGUUAUAUAUAAUUUGGGAACCGAACUUUACUCCUCAAUCUGGGCUGUGACCCUCGGUGCUUUUGUAAAACCCCCAACGGAACUGAAAUGGGCUGCAGAAAUGUAAACACAUUGAGGACUGCAGCCUCAGAUAAACCAGACAAGCUGAAAAAUGACCUUCUGAGUUAUUCUUAGUAGUAUUGCUGUUUUGUAGUGCAAGCUGAUCUUUAGUGGUAUUUUACAAUCACCGUGGACUCAUUUAAACCAUAAGUUUCACAGUUGUUGUUUGUUUGUUUCCUCUCCUGCUUUGUGCUAAUAAAAAAAAACUUUAAAAGUC